CCUGAGCGGGACUUCCUUCGGGGAUCCCGCUGGCGAAAGCAGCCUAGGAGUGGAGGGUGACACGUAUGUGCGGGGCUGGAAGGUGGCCAAGGCAAGGCAGGGGAAGGGAAGUUCUUGCCCCCAUCAGCGGAGGAGCAUCAGCCGCCGGAAGAAAGUAACUUUAGCUCCCCGAGGGAGGGCGAAGGGAAAGGGAUCCCCGGGGAGAUCUUGCAAAGGAAAACUUCGCUUGGGAGAAACGGAUCUUGGAGGGAAAGACGGGCAGAAGCAAGGGAACGUUGGGGGAUCGGAUCCUGCCCGUCCCUUCGAACUGUUCCUGCAGUUAGAACGAACCGAUCUGGGGGGAAGCAGAUCGGGAGAGAUCUUUGCAGAAUAACCUUGGGGAUCGCCCUCCUAGAGACUCAAAGAACAUCGCUCGCAAGGGCAGAGGUGCCUGGAGAUGCCCGGCUUCUUCUGAGCUGCCUCCGGACAUCCGCGCUCCCAAGGCUUCCCCCUCCGCGUACGCGCAAAGGGAGCGUUGACUCCGUGGAGAGGGCAGGGGGCCUUUGGAGCCGCUCUUGACCCUUCCCGGGGGCCCGAAAGGCUGCCUGCUCCUCGGGGUCCCUUGAAAUCUCAGCCCUCCAGCUCGGCCUGCCUGUUGCGUGACCCCAGGUGCCUGGCAAAACUUGGCUCAGGUAGGUUAAAGUUGGCGCCAGGGUCUAUGGGUCCAGCUCUCCUCCGAGGCCCCUCCGCCGCCUGGGCCGUUGCCCCUGAUGCUGCUUCGUGCUCCGGCUGCUGUCUGAGGAUAGAGGAGCCUUGAGGUGGACGGGCCCCUGGAUCCGCAGAGGAAGGGACUAUGGGCAACGGGAUGUGUUCCCGAAAGCAGAAGCGGAUCCUGCAGUCCCUCUUGCUCCUCAUCGUGGUCUUCGGCUUCAUCUAUGGGGCAAUGCUCUACUACGAGUUGCAGAGCCAGCUGAGGAAGGCGGAGGCUGUGGCCCUCAAAUACCAGCAGCACCAGGAGUCUCUAUCAGCUCAGUUACAAGGUAAAAGCUGCUUGGCUGCUCCCCCUCCGAAAGCUCUGCCUCCCCUUCCACUUUGGGGGCAGGGGGACGCUCCCAAAAGCUAUUUUUAUUUUUGUGUCCCAGCAAAGCGAGCCGUCCUAGUUCUGCAGCCAGUUACGCUGGGCUGUAGCUCUGGCGUGCAGUUGUGUGUGCGCAUGCGCUAUUGAAAUUCAUGGGAGUUGUGCGCAUGCAGCGCUCUGUGGAAUUUCAGGCAUGAUGCAGCAUCCAUACUGCCUUGUUGGGUUGAAUCCUGGUCCAUCCAUUUCUUAUCUGUCACCAGCAAGGAAUGAAGGUGAUGGAUAUCCUUUUGUUUAUGACCAGCACCUGCUAAUCGCAGGUGUACUGCUAUGGAAGAUGGAGGUUCCAUUGAGUUAUUUAAAGCCAAACACUGCCGUGCCUUGCAAUUGAGAAUUCCAUAAUUUAACUACAGUGGUACCUCGGGUUACAUAUGCUUCAGGUUAUAGACUCCGCUAAUGCAGAAAUAGUACCUCGGGUUAAGAACUUUGCUUCAGGAUGAGAACAGAAAUUGUACUCUGGCGGUGCAGCAGCAGCGGGAGGCCCCAUUAGCUAAAGUGGUGCUUCAGGUUAAGAACGGACCUCCGGAACGAAUUAAGUACAUAACCAGAGGUACCACUGUAUGCAUUUUGUGAAGACCUUCCCUUCAUCGUCAUUAACCUCCUGCUGGUCAAUGAAGUAGGUGGUGCUGACAUCUAGUAGUAUGAGAAAAGGAGGAAAGAAAUAAAAAGACCAUCUAUUCACUGUUUGUGCCAUUCAUAAGUUUAUGAACCUCUGCCAUUCUUCCCCUCCUUAGUUGUCUUUUCCCCAAAGAAGCAGCAACAAAAGGCUUGACCUGCAAUCCUAUAGCCUUAAUUGGGACCAAGCCCUAUGGAAACAUGAUGGGAGUCACUUCUGAGUAGUUGUUUAUUAUGCUCAUGUCUCACUUUUCCUCCAAGGAGCUCAAGGGAGCAUAAAUGGAUUCCCCACCCCCACCCCGCCAUACUAGUGGCUCACCCAGUGAGCUUCAUGGCUGAGUUGCCCCAGUUUUAAUCCAGCACUCUGACCACUGCACCACACAACAUAAGAUUGUGCUGUGAAUUGGUUGUGGAACGUUUCUUGGAUCAUUUUCGUUGAUCCGUUACUUGUGUUUUCACAUUACCAGAAUUGUGCUCAAAUGUGAAAAACCUUUCGAUCGUGAACUUAGCUUGCACCCUGGUGAAUCUGCGUUUUCAUCUUCAGGGCUGCCAGUUCUGGGCAGACAGCCCGUACUUAUGCAAAAUAUUUGGUUCAGCUGUGCAGGUAUUAAGGACAAAAGUUUCCCUUCCCUUACAGUACACAUGGCACUGGGAUGGGCAGAGUCCAGCGCCCUGAUGGGGAUAGAAAAUGACCUGUAUCCUGAUCGUCUGCUCAAACAUUUGAUAAGCGGAGACAGGGUCAUUAACCCACUUCUGCGCAUAUCAACUGAGUAGGGGGUGGCAUCUGUUGGUCUGUGUGUCUAUGCAGGAUUUGUGAGAGGCAGAUUGUGUGAUGACCACACCCACUGCUGACUUGUGGCCCCCAGAGGAUUGGUGAAUGCCAAAAAUUGUUAACAACCCCUUCUUUUCGCCGUUGCCUUUUCUAAUUCGUCUUCACAUUGAACUUUUUUGUGGAGCCACCUGUAAGAUUCAUUGCCUUUUUAUAUUAUUAUUUUUUCAUUAGAAACUUACACCUAUUUUUUUUUUAAAAAUAAACAUUAAAUUCACUUGUAGGCAUUUUACAUGCUUAAUGAGCAAAGUGCUCUUGGACAAGAACAGGUAACUGCUAGCCCGAGGGUUAGGUGCUGAGAAUUUAUCUGGCACUCCUAUCAAAGGUUUCGUCAGGAGCUAGUAAACGAUUUGCCACUGUUAUCAAGCUGUAAUCAGGACAGGCAGGAAAACAGGAGAUUACACUACUGUAAAGUGACAGAAUCCUCAAAUAAGAUGCGUGGAACAUGUCCGUCCACAUAUUUCUAUGCAAUGUUAGUCUCAGCCCAUGUGCUCUAUAACUUGGGAAUCUGUGUUUGCCAGAUGUCUUCAAACGUUAUCAUAAAGCUUUAUCAGUUGGGAAGGGGCCUAUUUUGUGGUGAAAUAGACUUCUACCCUUCUCUACCUCUGAGCUGCUGUCUGGAGUUUAGAGCAGCUCUCAGGAAGAAAGUUGUUCAUCCCAGCUUUUUGUUGUAAUAAAAAGUUCCAGAAAGCGACAAAUUGAUGAGCUAAAAUGUCUCUGUGCCAAGGUGAUGCUUUACCAUACAGGUUCUUACUUGAGGAAAGUCGACAGCUGAUACGCAAGCUAAAGUUCUGUCUGUAUUGUUGCCCUGCAGAUUACUUAAAGUGGACGCUCUUUCAAUUAUUAUUGAAAAAGGCAAUGAAAACAGCAUUAUUAUUAUUAUUUAAAUCAGGUUUGCAGUUUGCUUGAGAAGCUCUCGUAUCCGAGCUGUGAGCCUGCUUCUUCAUUUUUAUUUCAUAAAAUUUAUGCACUGCUUUAUUGUAAAAACAAACCUCAAAGUGGUUUACAAAAAGACAAAACAAUAAAAUUAUCAAUCAGAAAGAUGAAUAAAAGCAAUUUAAGACUUUUGAAAAGUUAAAAUAAAAAUAGACUGAAAAGAGAAUGAAAUUCACACCAACUUUCUAAAUGUCUGGGUAGGCUUGUCUAAACAAAAAAUGUUUUUAGCAGGCGCCCAAAAAAGUACAGUGAAGGCGCCUGCUUGAUAUCAAAAGCCUGAGAUAUGUCAGUGAACUGUCUUGGCAAUAAAUAACUUUGACAUCUAGUGGUGCUUCAUAAACACCCUUUCAUCUUCCCCUGCUCUGUUUUUGCAAUACCGGGCAGGCAACAAAACAUGAGAAUUUAUUAAGUAGUUGGUAGACAAGCUUUCCUAACUGGUGGGCUGUGCAUGGCUUGGUAAGCCACAAGUUGUACAUCCUUGGUUUUUAAAUUCCUUUUCUUCGGGGGCAAUCGAAUGCACUUUGCCUCCUACUGAAUUCAGUCAGACUUAUAGGUAGACAUGCACAGGGGUAUAGUAUCACUUUGCUUUCUAUUUAAAUGACUUGGAAUUAUCCGCUUUGCGUCUUCAGAAUGGAUGGGGUUAUAAAUUUAAAUGAUUGAAAUGGGAUCAAUGUGUUGUUGCAGUUUUUUAAACAACAACAACGUUGCUGUGUCUUUUAGAUGAUUAGCUGUAAAAAGUAAUGUUUGAAACAGGGAUUGACCCAAAAGUUUCUAGACUGGAAAAUACCGACCGACAUCAUUCAUAUGCUGUUGACGUGAUGAUGGAAUGUAAGAAUGCUCCCCUGUGAUGUAUUUGUGAGAAUUAACGUUCCAUGAAGCAAUACCAGGAAGAGAAAUACAGCUCGUAAUAAAAUGUCCUAUUUAAUAUUGGAAUAUCCAUUUGGUUACAACAUAACACAUGGAAACUUUCUCAAUCACAUCUUCUGAAAAUGAUUGUGUUGCAGAGGAAUAUUGGAAACAUAUUUUUGAGUGCUAGUAAUUCAGCUAAGGCUAAUCAAGUCAGAGCAUUAAAUCGAUGAACCAGUAUAAGUAAUAAUUAUAGUCAUCUGUAGCAUUUCAUGUAGCACAGAGCCAAAAACUCAUUUUGCGCAUAUAUAUAUAUAAAAUCUCAGUCAACCAGCAAAAGCCAAUGAUAGCUGCCCCUGUUGCAGCCCUAUCAAACUUUUAAGUUGUUUAAAGGCUGCCUUUGUUUUCACUUGUAAAGUAGAGACAGUGUUUUAUCUAAAGAUAAUAAGAAACAGAUUAUACCCUCUUGGGAUUUUGAGAGUAAUACACAAGAGACAUGCAUUCUUCAUAGUUAUGAAGUCUUCUCAUUAGGUCUUGACUACUUAAUUGUAGAAAUGACUACCUGUGAAAAAAAGUUUGGGUGGAAAAAUAUAUUUCUGACCUCCAUAUCAAUAGAAGUAUCUGAAAUAUAGAGAAUACAUGUAGAGAAUGUCCUGAAGGAACAUCUCCAUCCUCAUUGUUCUGCCCGGACACUGAGGUCCAGCACUGAGAACCUUCUGGCGGUUCCCUCACUGCGAGAAGCCAAGUUACAGGGAACCAGGCAGAGGGCUUUCUCGGUAGUGGCGCCCUCCCUGUGGAAUGCCCUCCCACCAGAUGUCAAGGCAAUAAGCAACUAUUUUACUUUUAGAAGACAUCUGAAGGCAGCUAUGUUUAGGGAAGUUUUUAAUGUUUGAUGUUUUAUUGUGUUUUUGAUAUUCUCUUGGGAGCUGCCCAGAGUGGCUGGGGAAAUGUUAUAUCACACUCACUAUGUGCAGGUGUGUGCUUGUGACAUCGCAUGUCCACGUUGCGGCGGCCGCAGCGGUGGUUCCUCUUCCUCCUUCUGUCCGCAGCCAGCGAGGCACCAUUUCCUUGGGGAGGGGCUCAGACUCAGAGGCAGAGAGACUUUGCCUCCAUGUCUGAGCCCUGCCCUGCCCGAACAGGGUGCCUGGCUGUGGAGGUUGGAGGUGAACUUCUCUCUCAAAGGCAGUGCUGUUGCCGCCUGCUGCCUGUGCUCAUUUACUUUAUGUGUGCCCAGCCUCCACAGUUAUAUUAUUGUGGGUACCCAAGCACCCAUGGCCCUUGGAGAUAGCCCCUAUGUGCUAAAUACUGUCUUCUUUAUGCUGGAACGUGAAGCAUGUCCACCUUUUUCAGAAACUAUUUCCAAGCUGCAAUACUGUGUUGGUCAUUUACCCUCGCUAGAUUCAACGUGCUGCCAUCUGCCUUAUUUCUGGGCGGAUUCGAGGGUAAACCAUACCUGGAAUGACUUUGCCCCUGCGGCUUGGUGGAGGUAGAAACUGUCUCUCAUGUCUUGUUACGCUGCCGUUUCUACGGGGAUAUAAGCUCGGUACUUAUCACUCCUGUUAUACAAAAAUCUCCAAAUGGGUCCGAACUUCAAUGUCUAAAACACCUGCUAGAGGACAAGGAUCUAGAAAUCACACUACGGGUGGCCAAAUUCUGUGCGACUGCCAUAAAACUUAGGGAACAAGCUGUACUACCAGAAGGAUUAAGGUUUUAAAUGACAAUUUUAGUUUUUAUUUUAGUGAUCAAGAUUUAAUAUAUAUUUUUAACUGCUGCUAUAGCUGUAUUGUCUCUGUUAUACCCAAUUGCAAUUCAAUGUAUUCCUGUUAUGUUUUAUGACUUUCCUGAUAUUGUAAGUGAGCUGGAACCGGUCUGUGACUGUAAUAAUAAAAUUCAUGCAAUACUGUGGACUAGAAUGUUUGACCAAUUACAUUGUAACUGUUACAUAGAUAUAGUUACUCUCUUUUUGGACUCAGAAUUGCAUUCAGGCAACAGUCAAAAGCAACUGUUUCUGAGUUCCUAGGGAGUCAUCAAAUUCUGAACAUUCACUGUAAUGGGGUUCUUAAAACCUGGAUUGCAUGGGUGACUAAGGCUGCUUCUCUGGGCAGGGGCGUAGCGUGGGUUGUCAGGACCCGGGGCAAGGCAAGUAAUUUGCACCCCCUAACCCGUGGAUUUGCGCCCCCUAACCUGUGGAUUUGCGCCCCCUACCCCUAACCCCCAGAUGUUGCGCCCGGUGCGGCCGGCCCCCCCUGCACCCCCCACGCUACACCACUGUCUCUGGGAGUAAGUCCAGCUGAACUCUGUGAGACUUACUUUUGAGUAGACAUGCCUAGCUUUGAACUGCAGUGAAGUUGAGGUGUUGUAUCCAUUCAGUUUCAGAGAUGCAGUCAUUGGGACAAACCUGUGUACGCCAAACCUCUGUAUACUGAAAAGGUACACAAAGCACUUUGGCCUAGUGUUGACUGUGUGGCAUAUGGACCAAGUUGGCAGCUUGGUGCAUUUGACAAACAUAUUUGAAGAGCAAUUUCUGGAAAUGAACAUCAUGUCCCUUUGUGAAGUUAAAAUCCAACAACUCUGUGUCACCCUUCUUUCCUGCGUGCCUGCCCCCCGGCCAGUUUGCUUUUGCCAAACUAGAAAAUAACAUGGCCUUGCUCCUGAAAUGUACCGGUACAGGAAACUUUGGCACAUUGCUGUCUUAAUGUGGAGCAAAUGCCGGGUGAGUAUUUUUCUUAUUAAAAUAAGCAAAUGCACAAAAGGCCGUUGCACAGAAGCAGUCAGUCAGAAGAGGAACAGAUCAUGGAUCACAGAGCAAUUUAUCUGAGAAGGCGUUCCCAAGAUAAUUUAAUACACAUUAAUUAACUCUCAUCAUGCUCUGUCAAGCCUUUUGUUCGCUCGAAGAGAUGGCUGAAACGCAGCAAAGGGGGACUUUUCCUGACAGUUUGUGUAAAGUGUGGAGAUACAAUCCUCAUCUGCAUUUAACCAUUUUUUAAAAAAAUAUUACUCUUAUAAUGAAUGGUACACACAUGAGAAUGCAGCACUGGAGAUUAGUUGAUGACCGUCAGCUGAACGUUGGGACAUAUUCCAUUGAAAAGCACUCUGCGGGUCAGUGCAAAAGUUUUGCUUUUGGUGUUCAGUGUGUGAUGGCUCACUCAUCUGUGCGUUGAUGUGCACAUUGUGGUCUAGUGGUUAGAGUCAGACCAGGGUUCUAGACCCCCCCCCCUUCCCGAGCCAUGAAGCUCACUGGUGACCUAACACUCCCUCACAGGGUUGUUGUGGGGAUAAAAUGGGGGAAGGAAGAAUGAUAUACAUCACCUUAAGUUCCUUGCAGGAAAUAGGGGAUAAAAAAUGUAAUAUAUAUAAAUAAUAAAUUAUCACUCGAUGUUGCAACCAUCAAGUGAUGAACUGGCAUGUGUGAACCAGUUCCCAUUCUGUUCCAGCCGAUCUGCAUUAAGUGGUUCUUUGCUUUUUGCAAAGUGAUACCUUGGUUCUCAAACAUAAUCCAUUCCAGAAGUCCGUUCUAAAACCAAAGCGUUCCAAAACCAAGGCGCGCUUUCCCAUAGAAAGUAAUGCAAAAUGGAUUAAUCACUUCCAGACUUUUAAAAAUAAUAACCCCUAAAACAGCAAUUUAACGUAAAUUUUACUAUCUAAUGAGACCAUUGAUCCAUAAAAUGAGAGCAAUAAAUAAUGUACUUCAGUCACACAGUCAAUCAGUCAGUAGCUGAACUGGGUUCCACACAGUCACAAAAACAAAAAAGAGCCACAAAAACACAAAAUAAAUAGCAAAAACAGACAGACCUCAGUGUAACACUCAAAACAGAAGUGUGGCACCCAAGUCGGAAGCAUAACACUCAAAACAGAGCACAUUCAGCUUCCAAAAAAAGUUCGCAAACUGGAACACUUACUUCCGAGUUUGCAGUGUUUGGGUUCCAAGUUGUUUGAGUACAAAGGCGUUUGAGAACCAAGGCACCGCUGUAUUUCCAUGCAGAAGUGUAUAUAGCCUUUAGGUGCUUCUCUUUUCCCUGUACCACUGAUCUGUAAUCUGUGUCCCUCAAGAUCACAUCGGCAAGCAAGGGAUAAUGAAGACCAUGGUGGAGAAUGGUAACAGGAAUGCUGUAAGCACAAAUGUCUGUUCUGGCUGACUGAACAAAUACCAUGGGGUUAUUCUUCUGCUCUACCUGUGUCAAAGCUCCAUGGGAGACAGAUAUCAACCACUGAAAAAACUCCGUUGUAGUGAGUUAGGCUCCCCCCCCAGCACUAAUUUAGGACUAAGUUCAUGAAGCAUGGCAACAUUUGCAUUGGUACCAUUCUGAUCAGAGGACUGGGCUCCUUAGCUGCAGAGUGCAAAAAAACUCAAAUAGAUGCAAGAAAGAGAGGCUGUUUAUUUUUUUUUAAAGAAUGUAAUAAAAGGUUCUGGACCCAUGUAAUCCAAAUGCCCCUUGGGUAAAAGCUGAAUUGCACAAGCUGCUUAAGUUAUACAAAAGUAAGGUUUCGUAUUUGACCAUUUGAAUAAUUUGUUCUGCUGCCCACAACUGCAGAAAGAGCAGAUGACCGAGAUGGACUGUUGUCCCUCACCUGGUUUCUGAGAUUUCAUCUGGCAUUGCCUGUUGCUUCCCAGUACCUUCUCACACAUAAGGUGUAGGCAAAUCUGUCUGUUUCAGUUUCUCUCAUCCCCCCCCCCCAUCUUAAGUUCAGGACAGUUCCACAUUAGUUUGCAAUUUUUUUUUAAGCCAUGAAAAUUCACCAACCUUUUAGUGUGAAUGUAUUCAAACCUAUACAAGUUUGUACAGUGGUACCUCGGUUUACGAACAGUCCUGUUUACGAACUAUUUGGUUUACGAACUCUGCAAAACUGGAAGUAUCGUUCUGGUUUGUGAACUUUACCUUGGUCUAAGAAUGGAAGCCGAACGGUGGAAGGGCACCGGCAGAGGUAGGCCUCAUUAGGGAAAGUGUGCCUUGGUUUAAGAACGGAUUUGGUUUAAGAACGAACUCAAGGAAUGGAUUAAGUUCAUAAACCGAGGUACCACUGUAUGCAGUUUUGGCCUUUGCAAAGCAGCGUCUCCUAAUAUAAAGCAUUCUAAUAUUUUAUAUGCAUAUAUAUAUGCACUUUACGACAAUAUAUGCAUUCUUACACACAUGACUUGGCUGGAAAACUGCAUUGCAAAAUUGGGAGAAAUGUGAAUUUCAAAGGGUGGCUGUUCUUGCUCACAUUUUGUUCUGGAAAGUCCAAAUUUGCAUUUUAAAUACAAACUGAAUAUAAUUUCUCUCCCUUCCCUCCCUUCCCCCCAUCCCUUAUUAAAAGUUAGCCAUGAGAGAAAAACAUAGAAUUUAUUCCUAUUUAUUUAAACAUGGAUUUGUUGCAUGGGGGGGGGAUGGCAUUUUAUACAUGUCUACUCCUAAGUAAAUCUCAUUGGUAGUGAUGGACCUUUCUCCCAGUUAAAUGUGUAUAGGAUUGCAUCCUGAAAUGGUAUAAUACUGUGUGGUUUAUGUAGUCUUCAGCGGGAUGAAGACAAUGCUAUCUAAGCAUGUAUUGCUGCUUGCACGAUUCGGGCAAAAAUCUAUAAAUAGUUACCUAUACUUUCUCCGUUUACCAGCGUGGCUUUUAACCAGUUGCUCUUUUGUGAAAUGGAUACUGAUGUAAUUUUGGAAGAGCAGGAAUGUUAGUUCAGCCUGCCCAAGUGCUUAAAAUAGGAAUUACUCCGCGGUCUUCAGUAAGAAUUAAAAACCCUGCAUGCCCAAACGAGCUUCAGGAAAUGUGAUAGCAUGGGAGGUCUAGACAGUUACCACAUCGUUGUCCAAAUAAAAGCGAGUGAACGGGUCAUGGGGCAGGAGCAAGAGAGUAUCUGAAAAGAAGAACAAAUGAAAAGACAAACCUCUAUAUCAAAAAGUGUCGUGUCAUUUCACCUCCGGCCUGAAAUAAUCUUGCAAUUUCCCUUUGGUCUUUGUUCUUAGAUCUGGGCUUUCAAUUCUGCCUACCAGUUUCCUGUGUUUGAAGGGCCAAAGCUUUGUCUUUUAGAUUGUAAGCCUAUGGGAGGUUUCCCCAGCCUGGUGCAAUCCAGGUACUCUGAGCUGCCUUGUCCCAAAUGCUAUUUAACAACAAAAAAUGCAAUUGGGAGCAGUGAUCAGGAGGUUUGGGGCUCUCACUGCCUCCAGUACUCAGUAAGGGCAAUAUGACCAACAAUUUGACUCUCUUUAGUUUUGCCGUGGCCUGGUGAUUAUAUCAAGCUGGUGGCAUCACAGAGGUGGGCAUUUUUGCUGGUGGCACCGUAUGCUUUCCCUGCCGAAAUCUGGGAUCCAUUCUGACAGUUCUCAUAGCCUCACCUGUUUAGACAAGCAUUUCCCUGCUCUGACUUGAAUCUCCUGCUUUGAUUGUUGUCUUAACGGUUAUGCUGUGUUAAUGGGCUUGAGUUAUUUUAUAUUGUAAUCAUGGAUUAAUGUAGUUGCAUUAUGGGGAGUUGCAUUUUUUAAAAAUAAUAAUUUGGUUUCUUCUUGUUAUUUUGCUGUUGGCUCUUAAUUGUUUGAAUGGCCUCUUUCUUGAAAGGAAAGGUAGUAUAUAAAUUCUAUUAUUAUUAAUAAUAGUAAUAAAAAUAAGUCCCAUCGUCCCAAAUCAAUGGCUAUGCUGACUCAGGCUGAUAUCUGGAGCAGGGGUGGAGGAAGUGGGGGCGGUUUGCCCUGGGUGUUACCAUUGAGAGGGGUGACAAAAUGCCGGGCGGCACUCACUGCGGGGCCUGCAGUGCGCCUGAGCCAUGCGUCUCUCCUGGGAGUGAUAUGGUGGCUUGGGCACCCACAGGCUCCGGGCUUCCCCAGACGGUCCAGCCGCCGCCUCUCCCUCAGCUGUAGGGCAGCUGAGUGGGAAGAGGCAGGUAGACUCCUCGGAGGCCCCACGGAGCGUCCUGCCCUGGCUUGCCCUGCCCCUGCGGGCGGCUGGCCCUGUCCCUGGGCACAGGGCAUGCGCGCCACCCCAGGCACCUGAUUGACUUGCUCCGCUGCUGAUCUGGAGGCAUGGUUUAUUAACUUUGCAAUUGUAGGACAUCUAAUGUUUGGGCAGCUUGAUGAUGAUGAUGAUGGCCGUGUUAUAUAGAAAAGCUUUAGCAUUUGAAAACAUCACCAGUGCAUCGUUUUCUGCAUGGAAAUAACACCGAAGAAAAGCCCUGUUGCUUCAGAUCAAAGAGCUGCCUGAUGCAGCGUCCAAUUUCUGUUCGGCUUCUUAAAACCAUUCUGGUCAGUCUUAAGACAUGUUUAUUUUACUUACUUAUACAAUUUAAAUAGUGAUAAUUUCUAAGUGGCUUAACAAGAAAAAUUUGCAGUCAUAAAAUCACAUCUAAACUAUAAGUGAUCCAUGAAAUCAAAAUACAGUACAGUACUAAUUCACAACACUGAUGUUUGGCAGGGGCGGACUUUGCUCUUUCAAAUUUCAGUGGAGCCCUGUGCAAGGCCAAAGUUUUCACCCUCUCACCUUCUGUUCUGCUCAGUUCACUACGUCAUAGUUGCAAUGCCCUGCAACACCCCUUAGGCUUGGUGCCCAGUGUGGCAGAACUGGUCAUGCUGCCCUAAGUCCGCCUCUGUGUUUGGUAUUAAUCAGGAAAAGGAACACUGAUGGUAGAUUAGGGACACCUUUCUAAUUUCAUUUUUGCAUUUGUACAUAUAUGGCUGCAUUUGCACAUACCACUAAGCCAAAUUGCGACUUAGCGCAAAUAUGCGCCCGUCACACUCCUCCCCAGUCCUUUCAGCUCAGUGUGGUGCAGCAGGUAGGCCAAAGCAUCAUCUGAACCCAAGAUCAUGCUAAGUGCUCUCUCCUUCUCAACCAUGGGCCAAGGUGUUUGCUUUCCUGCGACAUACGAACCAGGCCCAUGGCUUGUUGCAGUAAGACGUCUCAUAGAGGCAGCAACUGGGCUAUCUUUAACAGGGCAGGCUCACAGCUCGGAGGAAACCAUCAGGUUGCCUUUUGAAAAGAUGGAAAUUUUUCUCCAUAUUAGCACUGCUUACCUGCUGAUUAGAUAAGGAAAAUACUUGAAGGGCCAGAUAAUUCUGUAUUGCCACAUCUCUGACAAGCCAAUCUUCUCUGUCUGACCGUUAAAGAACCACAAGAGCUUGACUAUCUAGCUCUUGUGUCUGGGAAGCUUAUUACCACAUUUGUCCCAGUCACCUGUUUCAGGUUAAAAUUGCCUUCGGGUAAAUAGGCAAGGAAGUGUCAUAAACUCACGUGGUUUUUUGUCUAUUGAUUACGAAGUUCCCAGUGUGAUAUGACCAGGGCUUUUUUUUUCAGCUGGAACUCUCUGGAACUCAGUUCCGGCACCUCUCAGGAGGGCGUCAUUGCCAUUAUAAGAGAAUAAGGGAGGUAUUUGUGGUGAGUUCCAGCACCUCUUUUUCUAGAAAAACAGCACUGCAUAUGGCAAAUCCUGUCCUGAAAUAUGCAAAUCUAGCCUCUGUAUCAAAUGAUGCAGUAAUGGCUUUUAUUUCAGGGUAUCAAGUCUAUGGCUUUUAUUUCAGGGUAUCAAGUCUAUGGGUGCCAUAGAUACCACAGGCAAUGAGUGUUUGUAGAGCUGCUGGAAUAUGGCAUGAGGACUUAUGGGCCUGGCUAUGGCAGCUUUCCUAGAAGAAAGCUUCAAUAAGAUUGCAAUCUAACAGAGCAAUACAAACACCCGGUCCACCUUGGCACAGGUUUUCGCUUUGCCAGCGAGAAUGCCAGAGUGUGCUUCCCCAAACAGCAGGCUGGCUGUGCUGUUCCAUUGAGCCUUUUGCUGCCACUCUGGCCAGGGUUAAGGAUUGUUCCCUAUGUUGAUUAAAAUCAACACUCUGGAUGUGCUAGAUUCCUCUGUUGCCUCCUGGGUGUUAUAGAGGAUGUUUUAUUGUACUUGUAACUUCAAAAACCAAGGGUGCCAACAGGGUAUUCUCUAUGUGAUUUGGGCCCUCUGACCUCCACACAAAAGACAACACGCAUUUGCAUGUGCUCUGUGUCACUUGCAAAUGUAUGCCCUCUUUUCAGAUAAUAAAUAAGAGAUUCAGAUGAACCUUUUCUAGCCGCUGUGCAGGUUUUUCAGGUUCCUUGGAAGGAGAAACUUCUAAAUAUUUAUACAGGAGGACAAAUGUGGGGUUUUGUCGCAUUUGUUCUAUCCCCGGCACCCCUUCCUUUUAUUAAUAUUUCUGAUUAAAUGCCAAAGGGAUUGGUUUCUAAUUUCCAGCAGCUUAGUUUCAUCCCUGGAUGGAGUCAAUUAACAAACUAAUUAUUGAAUAGCUCUUGUAGUCCAGCACCCUGUACAGACAGUAAUCAAAGCUUUACUAAUUACAUGCAUUAGGCAUCUUAAUUUAUUGACAUACCCAUGGAAAAAUUAUCUGUGUGGUAGCCUAGUUGGUCCUCCUUUCUUAAUUACUGGAUAUUGUGGCUAGAAAAAUAUGUUUUAUGGAGUGCUUCCUUAUUAUGCAAGUUGUAAAAAUGGGCCUUUUGUCGAGUGUGGGCAGGGGUAGGCUAUCUUAAUAGAAAAAGCAGCCUAUUUCCAAGUGACUAGCAAGGCCCCAUCUUUAAACUGUCAUAGCUUCCCCAAGGAAUUCUGGGAACUGUAGUCAUUUCAGGGUUGUUAAGAGGCCAUUCUUCCCCUCACAGUUCCUAGAAUUCCCUGGGAAGUGGGUUUGAUUGUUAAAUCUCUGGUAAUUGUAGUUAUGUGUGGGGAACAGGGGUCUGUUAACAGCUUUCAGCUCCCUUAAACUACAGUUCCCAGGAUUCUUUGGGGGAAGCCAUAACUGUUUAAAGUGGUAUGAAACACUACUCCCUUGGUAAGUUUGUUUAAACACUCCUCCUCCGCUAAAUGUGCUUAGUAUUGCAGCAACAGUCCCAUUGAACUCAAGUGGACUUACUUUGGAGUCAAUUUCUAUGGGAUCACAGUGUCAUUUGGCUUAAAUGUCAGGAUUCUAAAUGGAAAAAAUAGCUUUACAGUGAAAGAUAAGUCCCCACGGUCUACGUUUAUCUAUAAAACUCCCUUAGCCAAAAAUAUUUCUUUUCCUGGAAUAGACACGUUCAGACCGGUUAAUUGACCAUUUCAUCUCUAUAGACGGCACCAUGGAACUUUUAGCAGCAGCAAUAGAUGCAGUUGGUGUUGAAACCAGCAAAUCUUCCAUUCUUCACAUGAUUGUUCAGCUCCUCAGAACCAUCUUUCCAUUAGCAGCUUGAAAGUAGUAAUCAUAUUUGACACUUGUAUAGUGCUUUUAAGUAUUCAGAGUGCUUUCACAUACAUUACCCUCUUGUAAUCCUUACAAUAACAUUGUAAAGUUAGUGUGUAUUAUAGUCCCCCAUAUUACAGGUGGGCUAACUGAGCCUGAGAGAGAAAGAGACUGGCUUGCCUAAGGCCCCCUUGCGAGUUUGUGGCAGAAGCAAGAUCCAAACUCAUGACUUCCUGAUCUCUGGCAUUGUCUGCAGUACAUCAGGAAGUCAUGAGUUUGGAUCUUGCUUCUGCCACAAAGGAACGGAAGCGGGGCCUAUUCCUCAGCCUCUGUGGGCCUGAGGUGUUUGAGACGGCCCGAGCAUUGGUUGCGCCUGAAGCAGUCCAGGCAACACCAUGGGACACGAUUCAAGAGAAGCUCCGCAACCACUACGCGCCAAAGCCGUCCAAUAUUGCUGCCUGCCAUGCGUUUUACCACCGGAACCAGGCAGAGGGGGAGUCAAUCAACAACUACACCACCGCCCUCCGACAGGCUGCAAUGCACUGCGAGUUCCGAGACUUAGACGAUGCCCUGAUGGAUCGAAUCGUCUGCGGGGUCCGGGACAUCCAUCUGCAACGGCGUCUCCUCGCCAAGCCAGACCUCACGGUGCAGAAAGCCAUUGAGGAGGCUGUGGCCUCGGAAGCUGCUGAACGCUCCGCCCAGGAGAUCCGCAAGGCCAGCAGCCCGCGUCUUGCUAGGAAGCCAGUUCCAGUGCAUCACCAAGAGGCCAGCAGUGAUGAGGCAUCCUCCAGUGAAGACGAUGACGUGCACCAGACAAAGCGGGAGCGCAGGAAGUUCCAACAGAAGUCCAAGGGCCAACCGGAAUGUGCCGGCUGCGGAGGCAACCAUUCCUGUGCCAAGUGUCGAUUUAGAGACGCCAUCUGUCGGACGUGUUCCAGAAGGGGCCACAUCGCUAAGGUCUGCUGAUCGGCUCCGUCUGACACCCCCCCUUCACCGACUCGCAAGUCCAAGUCUUCACUCCAGUCUGCCAAGGAAAGCUGUUUCGCUCUCACCAACUGCCGCUGCCCGUCUGGAACCACGAUUAGCCAAACCGACUCGCCUACGCGACGCAAGCUGAACGUCACAGUGCUCAUUGAAGGAGCUCCAUGUGACAUGGAGAUCGACAGCGGGUCUGCCCUGUCCAUCGUGUCUUGGAGCACCAUCAAAAGACUGGUACCCAGAGUGUCCAAAAGGCAACUCGACUCUCACCGCGUACACCUGAGAGACUACCAGGGAAACAACAUUCCUGUGGUAGGCGUUGGCCGGUUCCGGAUCGCCUUCAACAAUUUUUCGGGCCUGCUCCGACUGGUGGUGGUCGAAGCUCAGCGGCCAAGCCUCCUAGGGCUAGACUGGUUUGAUGCCCUCGGCCUGGAAGUCACCGGCAUCAACUGCAUCUCUAACGCAGAGACUGAGGGUCUGGUCAAAGACUUUGCCGAGGUUUUUGAUGGCACUUUGGGGCAAUAUACAGGUACGCCCAUCUCCUUUAGCCUUGAUCCACAAGUCGCCCCCAUCAAGCUAAAGCCACGCCGGGUUCCCUUUGCUCUCAGGGCUAAGGUGGACGAACAACUGGACAAGCUGAUCAGCCAAGGAGUUUUGGAGCCGGUUGACCACGCCAAGUGGGAAACCCCCAUCGUCACGCCUGUCAAGCCAGACGGGUCGGUGAGAAUCUGCGCUGACUACAAGUGCACGAUCAACAAGGCACUUCAGCAGCACGCUUAUCCGGUUCCUGUUGUCCAAUACCUGCUGCAUUCCCUGGGUGAGGGUAAGGUCUUUGCUAAGCUGGACCUUGCCCAAGCCUAUCAACAACUGCCUGUCGAUGAUGCCACUGCUGAAGCCCAGACGAUUGUCACCCACCGAGGGGCAUUCCGUUGCUGCUGGUUGCAGUUCGGGGUGAGUGUGGCUCCUGGCAUCUUCCAAAGCCUUAUGGAGCGUCUCCUGCAAGGGCUUCUGGGCGUGGUACCAUAUUUUGAUGACGUCUUGGUGUCUGCAGACUCACACCAGCAGCUGCUCGAGCGCCUCUGUGCCGUACUGACCAGGUUCCAGGAGACCGGACUCAAGGUAAAGAGGGAGAAGUGCCAGAUCGCUGUUCCACAGGUGGAGUUCCUGGGCUAUCUGAUCGACGCCUCCGGCCUUCACCCGACCACAUCCAAGAUCCGCGCUAUCCAGCAGGCCCCCAUCCCAAAGAACAAGACGGAGUUGCAGGCGUUCCUGGGGCUGCUGAACUUUUAUAACAUGUUCCUGCCCCACAAAGCCACGGUGGCUGAUGUUGGUUUCUAUUUCCUUCACUGAGCAGCAACUGCAGUCACAAGACAGGUGCUUACAUUCCACAGUCUGUACUGUUGGAGUUUCUCACGGGAAAGGGAGACUGGAUGUGACGUACACUGGUUUCCUGUUUUUCACUGUGUGAUUCUCUCCGAGCUGUUGAGGAGAGAGGAUGCAUUUCUCUGCUCCGGCAGAGGCAAGAUGUCUUUCUGUAAUAUACCAGCUUUGAACUGUAAAUAAAGCAAUAUAGAGUAUGUAGCACGUAUUGCUCAUCCUUCCGCUGGGCACGACAGACUCUGCUUUAAAUCAACACGUGGUUAUGGGCCCAGACAUCAAACACAUGAAGAUUUUUGGUUCUGACAUGUGGGUUCGCUCACCACAAAACUCCAAGUUAGACAAGCGUGGAUUGCAUGGUAUCUUUCUAGGUUAUCAGAAAGGGUCUUACAGAAUAAUGAUGACUGACUCUAAGACAAUUAAGCUCACGAGAAGUGUCGAGUACAAUGCAAAGUGGGGGAGAAUGUGGGAAUUUUCCAAUGUUAUCCUGAUGACGGUGAUGAGACUGAGGAUAGUCAAAGCAACCACAACAGCCCACACCCACUGAUGAAGGUUCUGAGUCUGAAUCUGAAACUGAAUCGGGUGAUUCAGAGGAUUUCGAGAGUGCGAAAGCCUCUAUGCGAACCCUCUGAAAGCUCUGAUCAAGAAUUGGAGGAACCAUUGUUCACAAUAGGUCGUUUUUCUCCUAAGAAGGAAGAGGAGAGUGUUGAAGACUUAAGGCUAAUUCGUAGGUCACAGAGAGCCACAAAAGGCAAACCUCCAAAGAGAUUUGCUGAUGCGUUUGCUACGAUAGCAGUAACAGCUGUUAAAAGCUCCAAGAAGGUAUUUGAACCUUCACGUUUCCAAGAAAUCCAGGGUUUGGAUUCGAAGGAAGCUGAGCCAUGGUUAAAUGCCAUGAAGGCUGAGCUUGAUUCCUUAGAAAGGAACAAAACAUGGGAGCUAGUUCCAGUAGUUCCAGGAAUGAAACUGCUUGAAGCAAAUGGGUCUUCAAAGCGAAGACAGAUCAAAAUGGCAAGAUAGUCAGACACAAAGCCAGAUUGGUAGCCAGAGGUUUUGCACAGGUACCAGGUGAAGACUAUCACGAGACCUAUUCACCCACAGUGAGAUAUGAAAGCAUUAGGCUUAUGCUUAAGCUAGCUGCAGAGGAAAAUCUACACAUUAGUCACCAUGAUAUUAAUACAGCUUUUCUGUACGGAUCUCUAGAUGAAUCACUUUAUAUGCUUCCACCUGAUGGCGUACAGGUAAAACAGGGAUUUGUUUGUGCUCUGAAGAAAUCCCUUUAUGGUCUCAAACAAAGUGCACGGUGUUGGCACACAAAACUCACUGAAGUAUUGUUUUCUCUAGGUUUUCAGCAAGGGAAAGCUGAUCCAUGUGUAUUUGUCAAAGAGGAGGGGCAAAAGAAACUGUACUGUUUGUUUUAUGUUGAUGAUUUAUUAUUCUUUUGGAAAGAUGUUGCAAUGUACAAUAACGCCCUAGCUCAACUGAAAGAGCACUUUGACAUGAAAGAUCUUGGUGAGGUAAACAACUACCUAUCUCUGGAAAUAGAGAGAGAUCAAGAUGGUAACAUUCUAGUACACCAGUCACGGAAAAUUGCUGAUGUGUUAAGCAAACUAAAUCUGAUGGAUGCUAACCCUGUAGACACACCGAUGACAACAGGUUAUCAGGUAGAUGACACUGAAGAAGCAUUUUCUGACACUACACUGUACAGGAGUGUGCUAGGCAAGCUAAACUUCAUUGCCAGAUGUUCAAGACCAGACAUUGCUGUUAGCUGUAAUUUGCUAAGCAGACAAGUCAACAAUCCUAGUGUCAAGGAUUGGAAAGCUCUGAAACGCAUAGCGCGGUAUUUGAAAGGCACUAUGCAUUACAGACUGAGAUUUAACAAUCAGAAGUCUGGUGGUCUUGAGAUAUUUGCAGAUGCAAGUUUUGGAAGUGACGCUACAGACAGGAAAAGUACGUCUGGAGUUUGCUACAUGUACAAUCAGGGUCUUUUUGAUUGGUCAUGCAAGAAGCAAACAACAGUUAGCUUAAGUACUUGUGAAGCUGAACUGAAUGCACUGUCUUAUUCACUUAAGGAUUGUGAAUGGUUAGUACAAUUGUGCAAAGAUAUGAAAAUUCCUGUCAAAUGUCCAAUCCAGGUUUACCAGGACAACAAAGCAUGUUUGGCUUUGCUGAAGUCUGAAGGUUGUAAGCAAAGCACAAAGCACUUACAAUUAAAGUUGCAGCAUGCUAGGGAAUGUAUUCAGAAGGGACUCGUAACGGUGUCCUAUAUGCCAGGUAAUGAAAUUCCUGCUGAUGUAUUGUCCAAGAUUGUAUCAAGGGAUCAACACUGUACCUAUGUGCAGAAGUUGGGUUUGUACUGAUACUGUACGAACACGCUGCCCAGUGAUGUUCACAGAAAGGGGGAGGAUGUUGGUUUCUAUUUCCUUCACUGAGCAGCAACUGCAGUCACAAGACAGGUGCUUACAUUCCACAGUCUGUACUGUUGGAGUUUCUCACGGGAAAGGGAGACUGGAUGUGACGUACACUGGUUUCCUGUUUUUCACUGUGUGAUUCUCUCCGAGCUGUUGAGGAGAGAGGAUGCAUUUCUCUGCUCCGGCAGAGGCAAGAUGUCUUUCUGUAAUAUACCAGCUUUGAACUGUAAAUAAAGCAAUAUAGAGUAUGUAGCACGUAUUGCUCAUCCUUCCGCUGGGCACGACAGACUCUGCUUUAAAUCAACAGCUGAGCCUCUUCACCGACUCCUCAGCACAAAGACGCCUUGGUCCUGGGGUCAUCGGGAGACGGCGGCCUUCAACGCGGUCAAGGCUCUCCUUUCAUUGGACAGUGUGCUGGUACAGUACAGUGAAGCCAGGCUGCUGGUCCUUGCCUGUGACGCCUCACCUUUUGGCAUCGGCGCUGUCCUUAGUCACCGUUUUCCAGACGGAAGAGAAGCACCGCUCGCCUACUUUUCCAGGACGCUAUCUCCAACGGAACGGAAUUACAGCCAGCUCGACAAGGAGGCACUGGCACUUGUGGCUGGAGUGAAGAGGUUCCAUGAAUACCUCUACGGCAGGACUUUUGACCUCAUCACUGACCACAAGCCGCUCCUGGGCCUCCUCGCCGGUGAUCGUCCAACUCCACUGGUCCUUUCGCCGCGCAUGCUGCGAUGGACUGUUUUCUUGGCUGCCUACCACUACCGGCUCUUCCAUCGCCCGGGAAAUCGAUGGGCCAUGUCAACGCCCUCAGCCAUUGCCCUCUUCCAGCGUUUGUGGAGGACCCGGCUCCUGCUUCAUCGCUCCUCCUGAUUGAGGAUCUUCCGGCAGCGCCUGUAUCGGCUGCCACUGUGGCCUCCGCAUCUGCCCAGGAUCGCACCAUCAGCCGUGUGCUCAACUGGGUGUGGAGGGGGUGGCCACAAGGGCCUUUUGCAUCGGAGUUCCAACCGUUCGCAACCAGACAACAUGAACUCUCGGCUCAUCGCGGCUGUCUGCUGUGGGAAGACCGCGUCGUGAUUCCCCAAAGACUCCGUCAACGUGUCCUGGAGGCUCUGCACGUUGGCCACCUGGGAAUCGUCAAGAUGAAGGCGUUGGCUCGGUGUUACGUCUGGUGGCCUAACAUGGACGAUGCCAUCACUGCCUGGGUGUCCGCCUGUCAAGCGUGCCAAGAAUCAAGGCCUGCACCACCGGCAGCUAAGGGACACACCUGGGAGACGCCCAAGACACCCUGGUCGAGGGUGCACAUCGAUCUGGCCGGCCCCUUUCACGGCCAGACCUUUAUGGUAGUGGUAGAUGUCUAUUCCAAAUGGCUGGAGGUGGCCCUGAUGCCCUCCACCACUACCGAGGCCGUCAUCCGGGUGCUGCGAGGCCUCUUUGCGACGCAUGGGUGUCCUGAUGUCCUUGUCUCCGACAACGGACCGCAGUUCACAUCAGGCACUUUUGAGUGGUAUCUUUUGGGACUGGGCAUCCGCCAUGCCCUAACGGCACCAUUUCAUCCAUCCAGCAACGGGCAGGCGGAGAGGAUGGUGCGCUCGGCAAAAGAGGCACUGGCGUGCCUGGACCGGGGAGAUUGGCACGAGUGGGUCGCCGAAUACUUGUUUGUGCAACACAUCACCCCUCAUGCGGCCACAGGGCGGAGUCCUGCUGAACUGCUUAUGGGCCGCCGCCUCAGGUCCCCACUCGACCAGCUGCACCCGAACCCCGAACCCCCAGGCUGUGCCAAUGCGCCACGGUCAUUUGUUUCAGGAAACCAGGUCUUUGCCCGGAACUAUGUGGGGGACAUUCCUUGGGUGCCAGCCACAGUAGUGGGAGUCACUGGACCUCGCUCGUACCAGGUGGCACUCGAAGACGGACGCUUGUGGUGCCGGCACAUAGACCAGCUUAGGCGCAGGGUUGGGGACUUGGACACUACCGUGGUGCCCCCAACUGCGCCCCCAACUGCGCUCGUGGCUCCGGAAGAGACACUUACAGAUGCUGAGGCUCCACUUCCCUCGCAAACUGCCAGCGUGGAGCCGAACCAAGCCACUUCAGAGGGUUGGUUUCUACUUUUCAUUCUGAACGUUUCUACUUUUCAUUCUGGAAAUAAAAUACUCCUACUGAGUUGUUGGAAGUGGAGAAGUGAUGUUUUAUGGCUUCUACGCUUGUUUGGACUUGUUGGGCGAGAAGGAAAAGAACUCCUCUUAAAUCAUGUUGCGAAGCACCCUGCUAAUGUAUGCUCUAGUAAUGCACAGUUAAAUAAUUCACAGGCUAGAAGGUCUUGUCUAAGUGCUUUGGAUUAAUGGGAAACUGGUGCAUUCCAGUGGGGAAUCCUUAACGGUACCUUAGCUGAUGAAUCCGUUUUGCGCCUUGGACUCAUGUCACAUGACUUUCUCCCAUCCAUCCCUUCCUUCUUGCAUCAGAUAAUAGUGUGCAUCCUUAAGCUGCUCAUGUCUUGGGGUUUGCUGUGCAUUUCAGAAUUUUAAGCCAGGGGAUGGGGAACCUCCAGCCCAUGGGCCUCAUCAGACCCACCAGGCCUCCCCCGUUUGAUGCCCGGUGUGGGGCAGAUAAACACAUGACUGGGCUGCGGUUUCCAGACACCCCAUGUCAGCUGAUUGUUGGCACCUGCAAAGUCCCCUGCACAACCCUUUGCAAGCCCUGUCAAUCAGGGGACUGGCGAGGCUUGCAAAUAGUGCUCUGCAGGUGCUGACAAUCAGCUGAUCAUCGGUGCUUGAAAGGCACAGUGCCUUCAUCUGCACCCUUUGAUUUUAAGCAUUAUGGGCAAAAAUGGGCCACCUGCUGUCAUUGUAACAUUGGGUGAUACUUGUCAAAUUUGGCCUGUAGGGGUUGGGGAAAUAAGGAUCUGGUCUGUUGGCUGGAUCUAAAUCUCCACCUCUUUUUUACACUCCACAAACACCUCGAUCUCUAAGGGAAUGUCCUAAAUCUUGGGGGUAAGAGUAUUUUCUACUUGGCUUGAAAGCUUUUGCUAUUGAAUGCCCCCUUCCAUGUUCAUCUGGUUCCAGGCUGAUGCAGUUGGCACAGCUGCUCCUACCAGGUUCCCACCCUCUGAUCUGCUGGGCACCUCUAUUUAUCUCAUAGCCCCCACUCUCUUUAAGUCUUGAGCCUCAAAAUACCUGGAAACCCUACGCUUUGCACUUCUAGAUAACUCUAAAUGUGUUGAACGGUGGGAAGCACACACAGGUCAUUAAAUUCGUGCAUGUGUGUUUAUGUUGUGGUUAAUGUACAUAACCAAAAUGUGUGACACUGAAGGUGUGAGUCUUCAUAACGUAUAUAAAUUCAAGGGCCUUGACUGUUCUGCUUUUCCACAUAAGAUUUGUUGCUUGAGUGUAUCUGUCUUAAUCCUUGUGUAACAAAACUGCUUUGAGGAAGUGGCUUUAACAGUUUUGAGAUAUUGGUAACCACAUCUCCCUCCUGGGUUUCUUCUCUCUGGCCAGAAAUCGUUGGAGAUGAGGGCUGAGCCAAGAAAAAUACUAGAAUCCCAUAAUGUUUGGUUAUAGUAUUCUAAAACAUUAGGAUCAGAUAAGCUCCAUAACAUCUUAGAAAACCAAUUCCGCUGUUGCGUCAAGGAUGGAGUAACUUUUGAAACAGAGUCCUAGCCAAAAAGUUGUCUUUAAAGUUAUUUAUGUUAAAAGCAACAGCAACAACACUGCUAAGGCAAAAUUGUGUCCUUAGUUGUUAUAGAUCUGCACCAUGGUUCUUUCUUUUGCCAGAGUAAAAUAUAUUUUCAUAUCUGUGCACUCGCUGCCAUUUUAAGUUUAAGGCAGGAGAAAGCAAUGCUUGGUCUGCAGCCCCAGACACACUUUUAAUUGGUAAGUCCCAUUGGACUCAGCGGGGCUCACCUCUGAGACUUCCCCAGACUGGUUCCCUCCGAUGUUGGCCAGGGAUGAUGGGCAUUUACAUUCCAAAAGACAUUGAGAGCAUCAGCUUGGAGAGUCUCUAGUGCAGGGGUAGGCAACCUAAGGCCUGGGGGCUGGAUGUGGCCCAAUUGCCUUCUCAAUCCAGUCUGUGGACAGUCUGGGAAUCAGCAUGUUUUUACAGGAGUAGAAUGUGUCCUUUUAUUUAAAAUGCAUCUGUGGGUUAUUUGUGGGGCAUAGGAAUUUGUUCAUUCCCCCCCCCCAAAAAAAAGAUAUAGUCUGGCCCACCACAUGGUCUGAGGGAUGGUGGACCGGCCCACAGCUGAAAAAGGUUGCUGACCCCUGCUCUAGUGGAUUGGGGUUUUUUGUCUCUACCAGAUAUGAUCCUCUUAACCAUAAAGUUUAAAAGCAAAGAGAUGUCAGCCAUAAAGCCUCUUAUUCAUCUUUGUCCCCAGGAUCUGGCAAUCAGAGGUGUCUACCCCCUGCAAAUGUCCUUCCUAGCUAAUAACCUUUAGUAGACCUAUCCUUUCUGAACAUUUCUCAUCCUUUCGAUUGUCAUUUUAUAAUAAUGAAGUGGAAGAAUAAAUGUCCGCCCACUCCAGUUAAGGCUUCCAAUAUACCAAUGACAUUAAUUAUAUGAAUUUGCAACAUUCAAGUUUCUAAUAGUGCCCUCUGUACUGAGGUACUUGCUUUAUUGAAAGGAAAUGAGAGAAUGCAGAAGGAAUGAAUAAGCUCUUGGUUUUCAAAAGCUUCUUAUGCCAAGUGGAAAAUUUUGGGAGGACAGAGAUUCUGCUUUUAUACAGUGGGCCUAUUUUUUUUUAAGUGUACAUACAAACAGCCAGAAAAAAAAUCCACUAUGCAAUUCUAACCUGAAAUUUGGAAGAAUUCAUUCUUAAUUAAAACAACAACCGUGUUUAAUUAGAGUUCCCUCUCUCUUUCUCUUCUAAUUUUAAAAAUAAGAGUAAUAAAAAGAUGAUUUCAUCGUUGAGUUUAGAAGUUCACAGUUUUGUAACACCCUGAAACUAUGGCUGUGGUGAUGAAUUGGACCACAGAUGUCAGAAGGUCAAUGUUUUGCUGGUUUUUAAACCAGAUUAUUUAAACCAGAUGUUUCAAUAUAUGCACCGCAUUAUUUGCUAAUUAUUAAUAUUUUUCAUUAUUGUUCAGCUCUAUGCAGACCAUUAAACACUUACAAAGCACCUGAAAUUAUCUAAGCAUUUUAUACGUAUCAGAAGAUAAGAUUACCUGCCUGCAGGCCCACAAUCUAAUAGCCACGAUACAUAAAGAAAAAGGAAUAGGGAGGGAAGAGGCAAGCAAGCGUUAGGGCAGCUUCUUCUGCACUGGCUAAUGGAUGGGACCAGGUUUUACUCCCCAGUGGCAUGAUAUUCUUUAUAAGAGACAAGGUACAGCCUCCCAGUGCCCUUAAUGUCCUGACUGGUGGGAGAGGUCAGAGAGUAUGCCUCCCUUUGAUUCUGCAGUCCUGUGGCAAUUGAGAGUAACUAGCCUUAUUAGGAGUAACUAGCCUUAUUAAGUAACUAGCCUUAUUAAGAGGAGACUCUUGGGAGUCCCAUGAACUGCAAGAAGAUCAAACCUAUCCAUUCUGAAGGAAAUCAGCCCUGAGUGGUCACUGGAAGGACAGAUCGUGAAGCUGAGGCUCCAGUACUUUGGCCACCUCAUGAGAAGAGAAGACUCCCUGGAAAAGACCCUGAUGUUGGGAAAGAUGGAGGGCACAAGGAGAAGGGGACGACAGAGCUAGAGAUGGUUGGACAGUGUUCUUGAAGCUACCAGCAUGAGUUUGACCAAACUGCGGGAGGCAGUUGAAGACAGGAGUGCCUGGUGUGCCUGGUCUAUGGGGUCACAAAGAAUUGGACACGACUAAAUGACUAAACAACAACAGCCUUAUUAUUACAUAUCAUUAUUAGUUGUUACUGCUUUGGGUUUCAGAGGGCAGGACCAGUCUCUGGCAUCUCCAAAAAGUGUAUUAAAACUUUGGGGAAUUUUCCAUGAUCCUAUUAUAACCAAGCUAAAACGUAAGAUAGUAGUUUCAUUUUUUAAAACUAAUUUUUCAUUAUUUACACAUCUCCAAAAAGUGUAUUAAAACUUUGGGGAAUUUUCCAUGAUCCUAUUAUAACCAAGCUAAAACGUAAGAUAGUAGUUUCAUUUCUUUAAACUAACUUUUCAUUAUUUACACUUAGGGAAUAAUUGCUUUUGUGAUCUUCAGGGUAAAAUUCCCGCUAAAAUCAAUCAAUAAUUUUAAAGUGAGGAGUAUUGUCACCAUAGUCUGUUUGCACAUUUCCACAGGACACUGAGGGAAGUACAGUUGGGAGGCAGAAUGCUGAAAUGGCUAAAUUGUUUCGUUCCAGAAACAGCACCAUCUUAACACUGCGCAAAGUGUGCCGAUUCUUGCCGAACCGAGUAUAGAGACUUGGAAACACAGCUGUUCAGGUCAUUCCUAGCAGCGUUUCUUUAAUUUAAGUUUGUAAGGAUCAUAGAAUCAUAGAAUCAUAGAGUUGGAAGAGACCACAAGGGCCAUCGAGUCCAACCCCCUGCCAAGCAGGAAACACCAUCAGAGCGCUCCUGACAUAUGGUUGUUAAGCCUCUGCUUAAAGACCUCCAAAGAAGGAGACUCCACCACAGUCCUUGGCAGCAAAUUCCACUGUCGAACAGCUCUUACUGUCAGGAAGUUCUUCCUAAUGUUUAGGUGGAAUCUUCUUUCUUGUAGUUUGGAUCCAUUGCUCUGUGUCCGCUUCUCUGGAGCAGCAGAAAACAACCUUUUCCCUCCUCUAUGUGACAUCCUUUUAUAUAUUUGAACAUGGCUAUCAUAUCACCCCUUAACCUCCUCUUCUCCAGGCUAAACAUGCCCAGCUCCCUUAGCCAUUCCUCAUAAGGCAUCGUUUCCAGGCCUUUGACCAUUUUGGUUGCCCUCCUCUGGACACGUUCCAGUUUGUCAGUGUCCUUCUUGAACUGUGGUGCCGAGAACUGGACACAGUACUCCAGGUGAGGUCUGACCAGAGCAGAAUACAGUGGCUCUAUUACUUCCCUUGAUCUAGAUGCUAUACUCCUAUUGAUGCAGCCCAGAAUUGUAUUGGCUUUUUUAGCUGCCGCGUCACACUGUUGGUUCAUGUCAAGUUUGUGGUCAACCAAGACUCCUAGAUCCUUUUCACAUGUACUGCUCUCAAGCCAGGUGUCCCCCAUCUUGUAUUUGUGCCUCUCAUUUUUUUGCCCAAGUGCAAUACUUUACAUUUCUCCCUGUUAAAAUUCAUCUUGUUUGUUUUGGCCCAGUUCUCUAAUCUGUCAAGGUUGUUUUGAAGUGUGAUCCUGUCCUCUGGGGUGUUAGCCACCCUCCCAGUUUGGUGUCAUCUGCAAAUUUGAUCAGGAUGCCCUUGAGUCCAUCAUCCAAGUCGUUGAUAAAGAUGUUGAAUAAGACCGGGCCAAGACAGAACCCUGUGGCACCCCACUAGUCACUCUUCUCCAGGAUGAAGAGGAACCAUUGAUGAGCACCCUUUGGGUUCGGUCAGUCAGCCAGUUACAAAUCCACUGAGUGGUAGUAUAGUCAAGACCGCAUUUUACCAGCUUCUUUACAAGAAUAUCAUGGGGCACCUUGUCAAAUGCCUUGCUGAAAUCAAGGUAGGCUACAUUCACUGCGUUCCCUUCAUCUACCAGGCUUGUAAUUCUGUCAAAAAACGAGAUCAGGUUAGUCUGACAUGACUUAUUUUUCAGAAAUCCAUGUUGACUAUUGGUGAUCACAGCAUUCCAUUCUACGUGCUCACAGACUGUUUGCUUAAUAAUCUGCUCCAGAAUCUUCCCUGGUAUUGAUGUCAGACUGACUGGGCCGUAAAUAUUUGGGUCCUCUCUUUUCCCCUUUUUGAAAAUAGGGACAACAUUUGCCCUCCUCCAGUCUGCCGGGACUUCGCCUGUUCUCCAGGAAUUCUCAAAGAUGACUGCCAGUGGUUCUGAGAUCACAUCUGCCAGUUCUUUUAAUACUUUUAAUACUCUUGGAUGCAGUUCAUCUGGCCCUGGAGACUUGAAUACAUCUAAACUAGCCAAGUAUUCUUGUACUAUCUCCUUUGUUAUUCUGGGCUGUGUUUCCUCUGCUGAAUCAUUUGCUCCAAAUUCUUCAGGUCGGGCAUUGUUUUUUUUAUCGGAGAAGACUGAGGCAAAGAAGGCAUUGAGGAGUUCAGCCCUUUCUGUGUCCCCUGUUUGCAUUUCACCAUCUUCUCCUUUGAGUGACCCCACUGUUUCUUUGUUCUUCCUUUUGCUACGAACAUACCCAUAAAAGCCUUUUUUGUUGCUUUUAACUCUCUAGCAAGCCUGAGUUCAUUCUGUGCUUUAGCUUUUCUGACUUUGUGUCUACACGUGCUGGCUAUUUGUUUGAAUUCCUCUUUGGUGGUUUCCCCCCUUUUCCAUUUUUUGUACACAUCCUUUUUUAAUCUUAACUCAGUUAAAAGUUCUUUAGAAAGCCACCCUGGCUUCUUUAGGCACCUUCCAUGUUUCCGUCUCAUUGGUAUUGCCUGACGUUGUGCUUUUACUAUCUCCCUCUUAACAAACUCCCAGCCAUCAUGAACUCCCUUUCCUUUUAGUAUUACUGUCCAUGGGAUCUCACCCAGCACUUCCCUAAGUUUUAUGAAGUCAGCUUUCUUAAAGUCAAGAAAUUGAGUCCUAGUAUGCUUGGCUGCUCCUUUCCGUUGUAUAGUAAACUUCAGAAGAGCAUGAUCACUCGCGCCUAAUGAUCCUUCCACUUCUACCCCACUAACCAGGUCAUCAACAUUGGUUAGGACCAGAUCUAAAAUGGCUGUUCCUCUUGUUGCUUCUCCCACUUUCUGGACAAUGAAGUUGUCUGCAAGGCCAGUGAGGAAUCUGUUUGACCUUAUGCUCUUGGCUGAGUUUGACAUCCAACAAAUAUCCGGGUAAUUGAAGUCCCCCAUUACUACUAUCUCCCUUCCUUUUGCAUGCUUGGCCAUCUGUUCCAGGAAGGCAUCAUCUAUGUCCUCCGCUUGGCUUGGGGAUCUAUAGUAAACUCCCACAAUGAGGUCACUGUUAUUCUUCUCUCCUUAAUUUUGACCCAAAUGCUCUCACUUUGGCUUUGAGGUUCUAAAUCUUGGAUCUCUUCACAGGUAUACACAUCCCUGACAUAUAACGCCACUCCUCCUCCUUUCUUGUUCUGGUCUGUUUCUCUGAAAUAGAUUGUAUCCCCCCAUUAUUACAUUCCAAUCGUGGGACUUAUCCCACCAGGUUUCAGUGAUGCCUAUUAUGUCAUAUUUAGUUUGCUGUACCAAGAGCUCAAGCUCAUCUUGUUUAUUUCCCAUGCUUUGCGCAUUAGUGUACAGACAUUGAAGUCCAUUAAUCAUUCCCCUGUGUCUCUUAUUUAAGGAUUUUUUCCUCCCACCACUAGGUCUGCAUGCUGUUUGCUCCAUUUGGUCUAUGACAUUUGGAUGAUCAUCUUCAUCAAUUGAUAGACUCCUACCUUCAGGAGCACUGUCUCCCUCCCCCACAUUAGUCAGUUUAAAACCCUCCUGAUGAGGUUUCUGAGAUUUUUGGCAAAAACAUUUCUCCCAACCGUUGUGAGGUGCAGCCCAUCGCUUGCCAGAAGUCCAUCUUCAAGAAACUGCAGUCCAUGAUCUAAGAAUCCAAACCGUUCCUGUUUACAUCAUUUGCGAAGCCAGCUGUUCACUUCCACUAUUUUUCCCUCUCUCCCUGGGCCACGUCGUUCAACUGGGAGGACAGAUGAGAUGACAAUUAGUGCAUUUAAUUGCUUCAAUUUCCUGCCCAGAGCCUCGUAGUCUCUUUUGAUCUUCUGGAGGCUAUUGCUUGCAGUGUCAUUGGUUCCCACAUGAACCAAGAGGAAGGGGUAUUUGUCAGUGGGUUUUAUGAUUCCUUGCAGUCGUUCAGUUACAUCUUGGAUCUUAGCCCCGGGAGACAGCACAAUACCCGAGACAUCUUGUCAGGCCCACAGAUCACUGCUUCUGUUCACCUCAGUAGGGAAUCCCCUAUCACCACUACACGCCUCCUCUUAGGUUUGGUCAGGGUUCUUCCGUGCGCUGUCCGUUCCAAGGUCGCCUGCACAUUCCCUGAGGACUGACUUUGCUGCUCGUCUUCAUAUACCUGAUCGACUGUAAUGAGGGAGAGAUCCUCAAAUGGAGUCUGCUCUUCGUCUUCCAUGCUAGGGGAGAGGACCUCAAAGCGAUUGUGUAUUUCUAAACAAUCAGAGCGAACCCUGGGCCUCCUACUUCUUUGAGUCACGUUUCUCCAUAUAUCUGACUCCUGUGUUGGUGAACUAGCCUCCUUCACAGGGGAGUCCCCUGUCUCCUCCUUGGUGGAGACGGUGUGCUCUGUUGCUUCCAAGAAGAGCUCCAGCUCUCUAAUUCUUUGGAGCGUAGCUACACGUUCCUCCAGUUGCUGGACUUUGUCUUUUAAGAGGGCAAUCAACAUGCAAUUGCUGCAGGUAAAGCUGCCUGCAACCUUUGGCAAGAUGGCAAACAUUGCACAGGAACCGCAGGCGACUGCAGCUGUUCCCUCCCCCUCCAUCUUGAGAACGUGUAGUUGGGGGUGGCUACAGCGGUCCUCCAUCAUAAAAGCGUGAAGACAGGAUUAAUAAUUCCCACCCCCCGAAAAAAAACCUAGGUCUCCCCCAACAAACGUUUGAGACUAGCUCCCCAAAUCUAAAAGAUGGAUCAAACUGCGCGUGCCCCUAGGCGCAUGCCGCUGCCCUGGAAGCUCUGAUAAGCUCCUCCCACAGCUAAUCACCUGCCUCAACAGAAACCCUGCCCCCUCUGACCUUUGCACAGGGAGAGCAGCUAAUCAGCCACAAAGAAACACACACACACACACACACAAGAAAACCCUUUUUGCUCCUUCUUCAACUGCUGCCCUGCAAGGAUGAAACAGGUUGAUGGGUUUAGGACAAGCUGAGCAGCUGUCCUAAGUUAAGGUAGGGCUGUUGUGUAAGUGAAAUGAAUACAAACCACCCUCUGAGAUGGAAUUUAAUAAAUUGGAGGCUGCUGUCCGGCACAUUUAAGCUUGCUUAAAUUCCGCUGAAGUCAAUGGGGAGAACCAAGGAAGGAUGAGGAUGCGACCUCUGGGUUAUUAUUGGGGAAUAUGGUUCAGAACACCACAUCUCAUUUUCUUUGCAACAUCAGGUCAUAAGAACAAUAGGAGAGCUUUGCUGGAUCAGACCAAAGCUUUGCUGGAUCAGACCAAAGGCCUGUCAAAUCCAGCACAUUGGUCAGCCAGGGAAACCCACAAGCAGGGCAUGAGGACAAUGUCUAUCUCCCGUUUUUGUUCCCCAGGGAACUUGUACGCAGAGUCAUACUUCCUCUGAUCCUGAAGGUAGCAUUCAGCUGUCAUGACUGGUAAAGGUAAAGGGACCCCUGACCGUUAGGUCCAGUCGCGGACAACUCUGGGUUGCGGCGCUCAUCUCACUUUACUGGCCGAGGGAGCCGGCGUACAGCUUCCUGGUCAUGUGGCCAGCAUGACUAAGCCACUUCUGGCGAACCAGAGCAGCGCAUGGAAACACCGUUUACCUUCCCGCUGGAGUGGUACCUAUUUAUCUACUUGCACUUUGACGUGCUUUCGAAUUGCUAGGUUGGUAGGAGCUGGGACUGAGCAACGGGAGCUCACCCCGUUGCUGGGGUUCGAAUUGCCGACAUUCUGAUUGGCAAGGCCUAGGCUCAGUGGCUUAGACCACAGCACCACCCACGUCCCGUCAUAACUAGUACCCUUCGCUUUAUCCCCAAGUAAUUUGUAAGUAAAGGUAAAGGACCCCUGGACGGUUAAGUCCAGUUGAUGGUGACUAUGGGUUGCAGCGCCCAUCUUGCUUUUCAGGCUGAGAGAGGCGGCGUUUGUCCACAGAUAGCUUUCCAUAUCAUGUGCCCAGCAUGACAAAACUGCUUCUGGCGCAACAGAACACAGUGACAGAAACCAGAGCGCACGGAAACACUGUUUGCCUUCCUGCCACAGUGGUACCUAUUUCUCUACUUGCACUGGCAUGCUUUCGAACUGCUAGGUUGGCAGGAGCUGGGGCAGAGCAACGGGAGCUCACCCCGUGACAGGGAUUCGAACCGCCAACCUUCCGAUCGGCAAGCCCAAGAGACUCAGUGGUUUAGACCACAGCACCACCCGUGUCCCCUGUACCUUUUUAUAAGAUUCCUUAGCUGUCCUUCACCACAGGGCAGGUUACAACAAUGAAAGAUGCAGUGAUAAAAACAAAUAAGGCAGUAAAGCCAUCGCAGCUCAAGCCAGAACAAUAUAGAUUCGACAAAAGUUGGGGGUCCUGUAAAACCAAAUGCCUUAGGGUUGUAUCCAAAGCAGUGACUCAUUAUGUUGGUGCAAGUAUUUACAGUUUCACAGCUGAGCACCCCCUCUCUCCUCCCCCUAUGCACCCCCUAAACUUGUUCUUGUGGUUUCCCACACUUUAGAACAGAUUGGGGAAAGCUGCAGGGGGAGAACAUAAGAAGAGUUUCCUGGAUCAGGCCAGUGACCCAUCUAGUCCAGCAUUCUGUUCUUACAGAGAACACAAGGAAACUUGCAGACAGGACCUGAGCACAAGAAGAAAAAAACCCCACCAUAGUCUCCAGCUACUGGGACUCAGAAACAUUACUGUCUUUGACUGGAGACAGAGAACAGCCAUCACGGGGAGUGGGGAAGUUCUUUUGCAUUGGAUACCACCCUUAACUGUCAAAAGGCCAGAGUUCCACAACAUACGAUGGAAGCUAUAUAAGGAAAAUACUAGGUGCCUCUCAACAGGGCCUUCUUUGCUAUCCUUAACCCCGGUAGGAAAGGAGGUGGCCUUUCAGAUAGUUGGGUCGUAUGCUGUUGAAGGAACACAGCGUCUACUGAAUCAGACCAUUGGUCCAUCUACCUUGGUAUUGUCUAAAUGAACUGGGAAUUUCGGAAUUUCAGACAGAGGGCAGUCCCUCUGAAGAUGUCAAGGAUUGAACCUGCUCAUACCACAGAGUUACCCUACAUCAAGCAGAUAAGAGCUAGUGUGGUGUAGUGGUCAAGAGUGGUACACUCAUAAUCUGGGGAACCGGGUUUGCAUCUCCGCUCCUCCACAUGCAGCUGCUGGGUGACCUUGGGCCAGUCACACUUCUCUGAAGUCUCUCAGCCCCACUCACCUCACAGAGUGUUUGUUGUGGGGGAGGAAGGGAAAGGAGAAUGUUAGCCGCUUUGAGACUCCUUAGGGUAGUGAUAAAGCGGGAUAUCAAAUCCAAACUAUUAGGAAGCUGCCUAGUACUGCAUCAGACCAUUGUUCCAACCACCUCAGUAUUGUCCACACGGACUGGCAGCAGUGACUCUCCAGGGUUUCGUACACCUGUCUAACUUGGAGGCAAUCAGCACAUCUUGGGGUGUUCUGUGACUCCCUCCACCCCCCUUACUUAAGAAUCGCUGAGUGAAUUAUUCACAUAAUAUGAUAAUUUGCAAUCAAGUCACAUCUACGGGGGGGGGGGGGUUGUGGCAGAGAGGUGGGAGAAGAAAAAGGCUUUUAAUUUUCAAUUCCAUUGUGUUCUUUUUCUCCCCUCGCCCAUGCUCCAAUUAAAGGGUGGAAAGAAUGCAUAAUCAGAUUGAAGAUAAUUCUGACUUUUCUUGAUUUAUUGCUAGUUCACUUGGCAUGUAUUGACUGUGUGUUGAUGUGUGAUUAGGUUUAUCAUCCCUUUGGGCCGCCAUUGACUGCUGCCAACUGAUUUUUCCCUGUUUAUAAUGCCAGACCUUCGUAUCCCUUUUCCCUCCCGCAUUGCACUAUGUACAUAAGCAGAAGGGGAGGAAAAACUGCUUCCAUUAUAUGCGUUUUUAAAACACACACAUCUGGAAUCUUUAAAUGAUUGCAGCAUCUUUCAGUUUAGACAGUUUAAAAAAGCUAUGUCUUUUGAAACCAGGCAGUAAUUAUGUGAGGAUUGCAAAAAGGUUUUAGCACCCUAAUGGCCUCAUCCUGUCUUCUGAAAAUAGGAAGUUGCCUUAUACCAUAUCAUUUGUCCAUUGAACUCCAGUGUGGUGUUUAGUGGUGUCCAGUGUGGUGGUUAGGGUGUCUGACUAGGAUCUGGGAGACCAGGGUCCAAAUCUAAUCUGUCUCAUGAAGCUCCUUGAGUCAAUUCACUGUCUCUUAGCCUCCCAGGCUUGCUGUGAGGACAGAAUGAGGAGGGGGAAAGUCAUUCAUGCUGUGACCUUGAGCUUCUUGGUGGAAAGAAGGGAAAGAAAUCUAAUGAAGAAACAAACAGACAGACUUGGUAUUGUCUACACUGACUGGCAGCAGUUGGGUCUUUCUCAGUGCUAUCUGGAGAUGAUCUAGGGACCUUCUGUAUGCAAGGCAGAUGUUCUGCCACUCAGCUUUGGCCCUUCUAGGGUCUAGAAGCCAAGCCUUAUGAGGAACGGUCGAAGGAGCUGGGUAUGUUUAGCCUGGAAAAGAGGAGGCUGAGGGGAGAUAUGAUAGCCAUUGUCAAAUAUCUGAAGGGCUGUCACAUGGAGGAUGGAGCCAGCUUGUUUUUUCCUGCUCUGGAAGGUAGGACUCGAAUCAAUGGCUUCAAGUUGCAGGAAAGCAGAUUCCGAAUAGACAUACGAAAAAACUUUCUGGUGGUAUGAGCUGUUCUGACAGUGGAACAGUCUCCCUCGGGAGGUUGUGGACUUUCCUUCCUUGGAGGCUUUUAAACAGAGGUUGGAUGGCUAUCUGUCAUGGAUGCUUUAGCUGAGAUUCUCCACAUUGCAGGGGGUUGGACUAGAUGACCCUUGGGCCCAAUUAUGUGAGUUCAGAAUGCACCAGAAAGCUAAAAGAAAGGAAGUUCAUUCAAAUGGUUAACGCAGAUGGUUUGUUCUUGUAAUGCCAUCAGGUUGUAAAGGUGGGAAGCUUUUGGCUACAUGGAUGCAUGCAACCUGUAAUUUCCCAAAGGCCACAUUGUCGAUGCACAAAUUGCAUGGUUUGUGCAACUUCACUGAUAGUUCCUGAGAACUUUCUUUUGCUGAUUUUGUUAUGGAUUCCUUCCCUCCUAUUCCUUGUACAUCCGUUUAUUAUUAUUAUUUUUAUUACGUUUUCAAAAUGGAUACACACACAUAUUUUGUUACCUGUUGAACUACUCCUCAUUUACAUCCAGUUUAUUUAUUUUUUCCUUUUUCAGUUGUAUAUGAGCACCGGUCAAGAUUAGAGAAAUCUUUGCAGAAAGAAAGGCUUGAACAUAAGAAAGCAAAAGAAGGUAAAAGAUUUUACUUUUCACAAAAAGAAAAAGGAUAGGAAACAGGAGAAAUGUUGUUCCUACUUGUAUUGUUAUUACAGGAACACUGUGUUGCAUUCAGGGCCAUCGCGGUUUUCAAGACUCCUUUAAAAUAGGUUAUGCUUUGCCAAACAUUUUUGAAAAUAAGAAUUGGCUAUUUUGCAAAUCUCUGGAGUUUCUUAAUGAGUUUUUACUGCCAUCUAGUGGAUAAGGACAACAGCAACAAAACUCCAUCUGACUAUAUGAGUGUUUUCCCAAAAUAAAGUUUUGAUUCUUGCACUCAAAAACACAUUUAUAUUUCUACAGUUAAUACCUAUGGAUAUAUUUCCUGGCCAGUACUCAGAACAAUAGGCAAACACUCUUUGCAGAUUAUGGCAUAAUUCAGGUAACAGUGUCUCCUGGCGUCCCAUUAUAACCAUUGCUCAUUCGGCUAGGGCUGUGCUUUCUGGGUCAUGUUGGCACUUCUGAGAGACCACUGCAUCUCUGAGUUGUAGCACAGGCUUAAUAAGUCAGUCCUGGUAUAUCCUUAUUCCAGUGGUGGGUUUCAGGCCCCCCAGGUCUCUGGAUUUGGCCUGUGAGGCUGUUUUGGAUAAGUCCAUGCCCACCUUCCCAAGCCUGAUUUGCCCUCCCAGUUCUUCCUUUGCAGCUGUGGCUUUAAUAUUUCUGUGUGUGAUGGGAAAUCCCUGAUGUCACGGCACAUGCCUGGCAUCCCAUGAUGUCAGGCAAUUGACAGGUGAUUGGCUCCGCCCACUUGGGUCUGUGGUUGAUCGGGGUUCCUAUCUCCAUAUUGGAAACCCUAAGGACAAGUAAACCUUCCUACUAACAUGGAUUAUGUGUUGCUUGUGUCUAUGCAUGCAGUGUAAUUGUGGAGACCUGGUUUUGUCCCAAGUGCUCUCAAUUGCCUCUUUAUGUGUGCACAACAAACGCCUGAAGAAGACUCUCCUAGUAGCUGAAUGUGUAAACCAACAGCCUCAGCAGGGUCCGUAGCAAAAGGUUGUAUUCAGCUCACGAGAAGACCCAUUGACAUUAAUGGCCCUAAGUUAGCAAUGUCUGUUAAUUUUAGUGGGGCUACUCUGAAUGGGACUUAGUUACACUGACUUAAAACGAUGCAAUGCUAUGAUUAAUGAACAACGCCUUCAUUGGACUGAGAUACCCAGAGGGACUCUUGAAUUUGUCUAUCUUUAUCAGGGAUGACCUAAAUGGAGACGAACAAUGAAUUCACCUUUCUGUAUUGUUAAAGAGAUUUUCUGCAUUUCUUUUGUCUGGGGGAGAGAUGCAGAAGAUUUCUUCCUCAAAACAGCAAGAUGGUUUCAUUGUUCAGCCUGUUUAGGCCAUCUUUCCAAUUAGCAACUCAUCUUCCUAAUUAAGGAUAUAGCAGAUUAGACUGAUACCACCUGUAUGCAGAGAUGUUUUGACUUUGUCUCUUGGAUGUGUUUUAUUGUUUUGCAGUUGAUUUAUUGUAUGCCUUUUAAAUGUUUAAACACAUCGCAUGCCGCCCUAAUAGCUGUAUAGAUGGAGAUUAUAAAUAUAAAUAGACUUUAGCCUUUUAACAUCAUUUUCUCUUCCUUUUUGUUUUUUAGACUUUCUUGUUUAUAAAUUAGAAGCACAAGAAACACUAAAUAAAGGAAGGGUAAGUGUGCAGAAGUAAUGAACAAGAUGUUUCUGCUUAUUGCAUAAGCUGAACUGAUAAUAGAGUUAUGAAUGCUCUUAACAUUUAACCUGUUCCAAGGUAUGAAGAAAAAGGAAAACAUACAUAAUUAUAAUUCACAAGAAGUAAGAUUACUUGGAGUUUGACUUGUCCUACGAGGCUUAAGGAGUCUUAUUAAACAAAUUCACAAAGGAUAAGGCUGUCCAAUGGUUACUGAGGUUUCCCCCUGGUAGAUUUGCUGGGUCUGUUUCUUGCUUCAGAAAAAGUGUUUUUUCCCCCAGACCAAUUUAAUUUGGAGGGGGUGAUUUUUGGACGCUUGAAGUUAAACAGUGGGGAAGUGCAACUUGCAUGUUCUGAAGGUGGAGAGUGAUGUCGGGAUGUCUCAGAAAAUUGCUGAGGCUUUGCUACUGCUUCCACUCCAGAGUUUGACACCUUUGUAGCUCAAUGGCGGAGGAUCUGCUUUGCUUGCAGGAAGUCUUGGGUUCAACCCCUGGGAUCACUAAGUUGGGCUAGGCAUGAAACUUGGAAGAGCUACUAUCAGUCAAUACAGACCGUUGUGAACUAAAAGGACCUAUAAACUUUCUCUAUUCUUCUGUGUUCUGCCUCCAUCUUGGGGGGUUAAAGUUGGCCUGUUGUUUGUGGGAAAUCUGCAACUUGAAGUUGUCCUGUGCCCUGCGAGCCUGAUACAUGGACAGCCCUAUAAGUAGAUCCAUGGGCAAGUUCAGAGUUUCCUAGUAUUAUGAUUUACAGAGAGGUACUGUAGCUAUGCAGGAAGCCGCUGAGUAUGUCAGCUAACUAUAUAUUACUCUUUUUGUUUUGCAGCAAGAUUCCAAUAGCAGAUAUGGAGCACUGAAUGUGCAACACCAGAUGUUGAAGGUAGAUACAUGCAUCUUCUUAAGCAUCCUGUCUUAACAGGGAAGUUAGAAAAAGAUGACAACUUUUUGCUUCCAGUCCUAGUUGGCAUUUUGGGGAAAUGGAUGUCUCCAACACCAAUAAACCUUCUGGGUGUCAUGAGAAGGCCUUGGUUGCAAAAUGUUUGCUUCCCAGUGAUUGUGUGCAAAAUUUUAAACUGUUCUGGAACAUUUGUACCCCAGCAGCUGCCUUAAUCUUCUGUUGUUCUACACACCGAGAAGUGUUUGACUUGGGGAACACUCUGAAGCAGCGAUCUGCCUCACCUACAAUCUGAGGUGGUAACAGACCCAUCAGAGGACUUUACAACAUUGGCAAGAUUCAAAUUGAAUCACUGAUCUGGUUUGCAUGUAAUGCAGAAAUAAUAAUUUAGUGCUAUGCCAGUUACGCUACUCCUUCCCCUCUACUUCAUGGUAUGGUUGCAAGGAGGACAUUGGAAAAAUCCACUUCCUGUUUGAAACUAACCAUAGUUUACUGUGGAACUUGAAAAGGAUGAGCCAGUGGAGAGGGAAAGGUAAACCAUGGUUCAGCGUUAUGUCCAAAUCAAGGCAUUGUUAACACUCCCACCAACACUAACCCAAGGUUAAUGCUACUCAUGGUUUUCAUCUUAACUAGACUGACUCCAUGGCAGUAUUGAAAUUCUACAGGCCUAUGUUAAAACAUGCUCUCAUCCUGGGAUGGGGUUGCCCUGAACGUCCAAAUACAUAAGUUGUCAGCUGGUCAGAUAAAUAAUUCCUUGUGAUGUGUCUUGUCUGCCCCCUCUCCUUUUUGCAGAGCCAGCAUGAAGAACUGAGGAAGCAGCACGCAGACCUGGAAGAGGAGCACAGGAGGCAGGGAGAUGACUUCAACAGAGUGGUCAAUGAUCAUAAGGAAAAAUAUAUGGAGUUACAGCAAGAGAAGGAGCAGGAGCUCUCCAAGCUGAAAGGUACAGCAUUGUGUUACUUGAUUUAAAUUUUGGGGAGGGGGAAGAGGGGCCAGGCCAUUCCCUGGAAUUGCCACCCGUGUUGGCAUUAACGCAGCUUCCAUUAGGACUUGACUGCAAAUAUUUAAAUUCGUGAAUAAUUAGGAUGCUCUGUGUCUCUCUCUGCUAUGUAUAAAUCUGUCGGAUCAAUUCUUGUUUGCGCUGAAUUUUUAAUAGAAUCCAUGUAUAAUCUGCGAGAAGAGAACAGGCAGCUGAGGAAAGCCCACCAAGAUAUUCAUACUCAGCUACAAGAUGUGAAGGUAAGAACUUGGGCCUCCCAAGGCAAGAGUCGGGGGCAGGGAGAGAGAAAAAUCUCCUUGUUUGCAACUGGGAAAAUAAGAUGAUGGUUGCAAAUAGAUCUUUUCUUGUUUAAUGGAAGGAAAGAUGCGAUGGGUAUGUUUUUCUUAAAUGUGCGCACAAACGUGCUGAUAUUACUUUUUAAUUAUUUACUAGCAGCCUCGAACCCGGUAUUGCCUGGGAAUUCUAAGAAACCCAAGAAUCAGUGCAAUUUUGAAACCAGUGGUUGAAAUUACUGCAGUUUUGAAAGAUUCAGCCUACUAAAUUGAUCCAAAACGCUGUCCAUUUUGAAUCCAAGCAUGCACAAAACCUUGCUCCUUGAUCUCAGAAACCACCACGUAAAAUUUGUUUGUGGUAGCUUAAGUGGUGUUGAAAUGCACAGCAAACUGGCAAACAACUUUCCAAAAUAGGUAGCAGACCAGGGAAGAAGUACCCAGUGUUGCUCGGGAAUUCUAAGAAACCAAAAAAAACCUGAGGUUUAUAAAUGGGUAAUGAAUUUGCUGGUUUCCUGCCAUGUUUGGUUAAAACCAAGGCAGUUCAGAAGGGCUCAGUCCGCCAUCUUGAUUCAAAAUGGUUUCCAAACACUAACAAACACCUCUUUCUCUGUCUCGGGAACAAUAAUGGCAGAUUUACAUAGUGUCCUGCUUUAGAUGAAACCAAAUUCAGCAGUCCCAAAUCCAUUCACAGGGGCUAUAAAAGGGGGGGGGGAGCGGGUCGCAGUCCAAAGCCAAAACACAGGGGCAGCACAAGAGGCAAAAACCAUAGUUAUUUCAGCACAAAAAGGCAACUUUACUGAAGUGUUGGUAAGAUGUAAACACACACAAAAAAUAAUUAUAUGAAAGGCAGGGGCUGAAUCAAUUAAACUGUUGGCAAUCCUAAGAUUAUUUCUUGGUGUCUGAUGAAGUGCAUUUGGGAUCAACCUUGAUGGUGGCGUUUUCUUUUGUGUAGCUGCAGCAUAAGAGUUUAAUCUCUCAACAUGACCAGCUUGUAGUGACGCUGGAAGACCACAAGAGUGCGCUAGAAGCUGCGCAGGUCAGCCAGGAAAAAGGCUUUGCAUCCACUCUGCUCUUAAUGAAUGGUGUUUUUGUUUUCGUCUAUUUAAAAAAACCUUCCUAACAUUUCUUCCCUCUUUUUUUAUUUCUGCUGACCACAACUUUUAUGCAUGCACGCCUUUGGGGGGGGGGGGAAUCUCCGGUUAACAACCAGCUGCCCUCUCGGGGUAAGAAAUGCAUGCUUCGAAGGAUUUCUGCUCUGCCAAAAUUAUAGCGUAGUAAAUUGUUUUUGUUUCCUGACAGCUCCAUUAUGGGCUCGAGUGAAUGCAUGCAUAUAUGGAUAAAAACCACAUCUUUCUUUCCUGUCCAGGAGGCUACAAGCUACGGCUUCCAUACAGCGGGGCUGUGAGGGUGUGCCUUGGGGGGGCCUGAGCCCCUGGAGCUUUCACACUGGUUCCCCCCCCCCCGGAUCAUAUACACCUUCCCUCCCCCCUUUUUAAAAAGUGACUUCGUUUGCAGGGCUGCUGAAUAUUCUGCAGAGUACAAUUCUGGCGAGACCCCAGCCACCUUCCAUCUCAGUUUGCUCAGAGACCUAAGCCAGCACCUGUGCAUAUAAAUUAGCUCAUGCAAAUUUGUGCUAAGGACUUGCAACAUAGGAAGCAGAGUCAGACCACCGGUCUCUCUGGCUCGGUAUUGUGUCUACAGUGACCCGCAGUGGCUCUCCAGGAUUUCAGAGACAGUGGUGUUCCCACUGCUACUUAGAUUUGCUGGGGACCGCAUGCAAAGGAGAUGAUGAUAUUAUUAUUAUUAUUAUUAUUACUACUACUACUACUACUAUUAUUAUUAUUAUAUUCAAUUUGUAUACCACCCUUCAUCUGAAGGUCUCAAGGCGGGUCAAAGCAUAAAAAUACAAAAUGAAUGCACAAAAUACAUAUUAAGAACAAAGCAAACCCAUAAGCCACACAUGCAACAAAAUCAUCCAGUAUAGCAGGACUAGGCAACGCUCUGGACACUCCAUCACAUUCCUCUGCUAUAAGAGGAAUUAUAGUCUUUGUGGGACGCAGGUGGUACUGUGGUCUAAACCACUGAGCCUCUUGGGGUUGCCGAUCAGAAUGUUGGUGGUUUGAAUCCCAAUGACAGGGUGAGCUCCCGUUGCUCUGCCCCAGCUCCUGCCAACCUAGCAGUUUGAAAGCACACCAGUACAAGUAGAUAAAUAGGUACCGUUGUGGCAGGGAGGUAAACAGUGUUUCUGUGCACUCUGGUUUCCGUCACAGUGUUCCGUUGUGCCAGAAGUGGCUUAGUCCUGCUGGUCACAUGACCUGGAAAGCUGUCUGCAGACAAACACCGACUCCCUUGACCUGAAAGCAAGAUGAGCGCCACAACCCCAUAGUUGCCUUUGACUGGACUUAACCAUCCAAGGGUCUUCUACCUUUCCCUUAAUAGGAGCAGAGUAAAGGUCCUUGCAGAUGCAUGCGAUUUUAUCCUCAAAAUGCUUUGCAAGCAAGUCACAGCGAGCUACUGUCGGUUCUGCCACCUCCUGUGGGCUAGACUGUAAAAGGCCCCGCGUUACCCGGAAAAGCUCUGCCAGAUGGCACAAUGAGGGUGCAAUGGAGGCAGCAAAGGAAGCCUUCUUUUCCGCUCUGCCUUCACUGCCACUAGGCAGGCUCGAUGAUGAGCCCUCACCAGGGUUCGAGUGCACUCAGCUACAGCCCUUUUCUCUGCAGACAGAGUCUUGUAAGCACCUAGCAAAGUUUCUAUGGGAGACCUGUGGCACAACGAAGGGGAAGGGCUGUAGCUCAGUGCUGGGACACAUGCUUGGCGUGCAGAAGGUCCCAGUCCCUGGGAACUCCAGGUAAGGCUGGGAAGAACCCCUGCCUAAAACCCUGGAGGUGAUUUGCUAGGUGAUUUGUCGUGGUUCCAUAUGGUGUUCCGAGUGCUGGGCUGUACUUGCCUGUUUUAAAUUUUCUCGUGACGUGUGUCCUUCACCCUCCAAGGAGCUUCAGGGUUAUCUCAUUUUAUCCUUGAGCAGCCCUGCGGGAGAAGUGAAGUCAAGAGAUUGCAACUUGGCCCGCACCACCUGGUGAGGCUAGUGGCUUGGCUAGGGCUUUGCAUCAUUUCAUAUCCCCCUUCAGCAUCGAGGUGUGUUUCCCAGAGAGGCUAGCAAAACAGCGGGGGGAGUACAAUUUCAUGGUGGUGAUGAUAAUAAUAAAACAAAGCGUACAAACCAAUACAGCAUGUUUAAAAUAAACUCAGGUACUCAGUUCACAGCACCUCCUAUAGACAGGAACAUCAGUCUGUUUUAAUUUUUUUAUUUUAAAAGUGCUUGCGUUAAUAGUAAAGGAACAUCCUUUUUUGCCUGGCACCUAUGCUUUAGCAGCCUAGGCACAGGGCUCUAAACUAGCUGCAGUUUCCAGAGUGUCUUCAAAGGCAGCCCCACGCAAAGCGUAUUGAAGCAAUACAACUUUAAGAGUUACCCAGGGGAUGGAUGAUGAGCUUUGAGUUGCAUAGGAUAAAGCGGGGGGCGGGGGGGGGGGAGGAUUGGCAGGAUGCUUAAGCAGGGGAAGAAAACCUUACUGUUUUUUAGGAGCUCAAAGAACUUGAGACAGUUGUUUGCCAAGGGGCUUCUUGCAGUGCGAACUUACUCCAAGGCAGACCAGAUCUAUAGCUCAGUGGUAGACUGCAGACUUUACAUGCAAAGUCCCAGGUUCCAUCCCAUUUGUCUCCAGUUUUUAAAAGGAGAAGGUGAUGCAAAGGGUGGGAGAGAGACCUCUGCCCAAGAUCCUGGAAAAGCACUGGAUUGAUAGUCCAGUGGUCUGACCUUGGUGAAAGGUGGUUUUUUCUGAUUCUGCGUCGAGUGGGGGAAACUCUGUUUCGUCAUAAGGCAGAGCAGAUAUUAAAAUGGUCCUUCAAGUGAGCACAAUUAUACCUUUUGAAGAGGCCCCCCCAGCCUUGUUGUUUGGCAUUGCAGGCGCAACCCUGCUGGGAAAUGCUCCAGGUUAUUGGUUUGAGUUGCACCGUGAUGAGUUUACAAACCUCUCUUCAUCUAAAUUGGGUCCUGCAAGGGGGCACAUACACUUCUUCUCAUAACUUGGCAAGAAACAACUUUGAGAUGUUUACAUGUGUAAAAGAAGAGACCACGCAGACUCCUAGCACUACACAGCUUAUGAAGGGGGGUUGUGUGUGCUGGAUGUACGCACCGAGGGAGAGGGAGAGGGAGAGGGAGAGCUUCCAGUGUGUUUCAAACUUCUUGUUGACAGGGAUGGAGUUGCUCUGCUGGAAAAUGAACAACACUUUGGAUGUGUAUGGUGUCCUUUUUCGGAGAUGAAACCAUCAGUGUGAUGGAGACUGUGUUCUCUAUGGCUUAACCCCUUACCCCAAAAUCCUCUAGGUUCAUAGGCUUUUUUGUGCAGGUUCCGUUUUUCCAAAGGCAGCCAUGAGAUCAAAUAAAAGAACUUGCAUUCUCGCCUAGAAACUAACCUGCUGAACUCUUCUGAAACUGUUGACUGUCUCCAGCCUCCAACUUGAAACCCCCUGGCCCCAGUUUUCUUUUUUCCUGUCCCUACAGUUGGUUGACUUUCUGCAGCCAAUAGGAUGAAGCCAUUGCUUCUUGUGCUGUUUUGGCUACGUUAGGAACAGCGCUCACUGCCUGAGCAUUGCAUAUAGGGGAAAUGAUGGUGUAGGCAUGCCAUACAAAGGUUGUAGGCAGAGCUGGCCCAUCUGCAUGGUGCCGCUUCCCUUGCUUGAUGGGGAAGAAAAUUAUGAAUGGGGCAGCCAUGUGUGGCAGCUUCAGCAGCGAACACCCCAAGUCACUUUUAGGCUGGAAAGGGUAGGAUCUUGCCUUUCAGCCAUGUGAUGCUGCCUCGAUGUGGAAAGUGUGUUGGUCCACCGCGUAUUUUGUUUUAGUGAACCACCCAUGAAAUAACACUACACCUUUGUUCUGGAUAAAUUCAUUUCCAUCAUAUGUUGGACAAUUCCAUUAAGAACGGGAAGCCAGUUUUCUUGCAAGCGUUUGAAGAGAUGCUUGUGAUUGUUCAUCACACACACUCAUUUGGUCGUUCUCUUUCAGUUGUAUCUUUUCAGUUCAUGGGACUUUCCCCCUGUUUGCGAUUUCUCUCCCCAGCCCCCUCAAAAACGGGUUGAAAGGAAAUGUAAUAAUUCACUUCUGACAGUUCUGUUCCUCUUCUGCGUGGCAUGAAAAACUAAUCCCCGUUUCUGGGCUGUGGGGAUUUUACGCUAGACUUUGCAUGCCUGCUGUAAUGUAUUAAAUUGGCGCACUCUGGCGCAUAGAAAAGAUCUCGCUUUAGCACAUGGGCGUUUUUGAUCGGAUGUGCAUGUUUAGCUAAAAUACCCAACUUGCCUCGGAGCCUCCAGCUUCCCUGCAGUUUUUAAUAAGAAGCGGUUCAUCUGACAGUGAUAUCUAAUGGUUGCAUUUGAAUUCUAGUCCCAGGUGGAGGAAUACAGACAGCUGAAGGAGACGCUCAAAAAGAUGCCUAGCUUCCAGAAGCCAGAAAAUUUUGAGCAGCAACAUGUCCUGCCGGUGACAUCAGCGCCUUCCCCUCUAGGGGACGCCAAAGCACAUGGCGCUGACAUGGUGGAAGAGCAGAAGGAGGUAAUAUUGGCUGACUGACCAAGUCAUCUUCCUUGAUGGCGGUGAUUAACAUUUAUAUAGUGUGCUUUUCAGUGUUCAGAAAGGGUUCCAUGUACAGUGGUACCUCAGGUUAAGAACUUAAUUCGUUCUGGAGGUCCGUUCUUAACCUGAAACUGUUCUUAACCUGAGAUACCACUUUAGCUAAUGGGGCCUCCCACUGCUGCUGCUGCUGCGCCGCUGCACGAUUUCUGUUCUCAUCCUGAAGCAAAGUUCUUAACCCGAGGUACUAUUUCCGGGUUAGUGGAGUCUGUAACCUGAAGUGUCUGUAACCCGAGGUGCCACUGUAUUAUCUCAGCAAUUAUUACAAUAACCUAUCAAGGAAGGUCAGUAUUACACGUUACAAGCUGGAGGGGAGAAAUUGAGAACGACAGACAGUAACUCAAUUUAGGCAUCACACUAAACCACAGUUAAGGAUGCUUUAGUUGAGAAACCAUGGUUUGCUGUGACUAUUCAAAGUGAUGGGCCGCAGAUAUGGCCAUUUGUUGGCUUCCGGAGAUUCCUACACGAAAAUGGGAAUGUCAAGCAAUUGGAAGAUGGGAUGAAGAACAGAAAUGGAAUAGAUUAUUGGGGAGAAGGCAUGACUGGCUGGCUAGAACUCUGGAGCAGCUCCCACAUUGCCCUUUUUGCUAUUUCCAUUUUUAGUAAUGGUGGCGGUGGAUCUAAUUUAGCCUGUGUGGUACCAUUGGCUGUUGCUGAGCAAAAUUUGUGUCUAAUGUUGCAAAAGCAUCUUAUUGGUUAGAUAGAUAGCAUUUAUCCAACAGGAGGGGAGAUUUGUUAGUUUCAUAUGUUUAAACUGUUCAUAGCAGACUCACAGAAGCUGACUUUCUGGGAUUUGAAUGCUUAAUUUCUCGGUAUCCUGAACUUUUGAUCUCAAGGGAUCCCCGAAAGACUCAAGGUGACUUGCACAGAAUACUUCAAAAACAGAAAUCGAUACUGAGCAAUAUAAAAACAGCAUAAAAAUCAUGAGUCCCUCACGGGCCUGGCCUUGAUGCUCAGCAUGUUGCAGCAAAUAAGUUCUGGAGAGUCCACCGUGGCUGACGCCAGCCUCCCUUUUUGAAAACAAUUUUUUAGGUCCUGAUGCUCUGUAGAGAAUCACUGCAGCUAUAGCUGCUGCAGUCUUCACGAUGUUCAGUGCUGCUGGGCCCAGUGGCAUUCUGGGAAAAUGAAGAUGGUUUUGGCUGCUACAUCCCCUUCACCCAGCACUUUUCGGCUUCCCUUGACUGGGACACUAGACCUCUGUUGAUGCACCCUAGAGCAGCAUUAACUGUUGACUCGUGUUAAGACCCCUAGAUCUCUUUUCACAUGCACUACUGGCAAGCCAGGUGUCCCCCACCUUAUAUUUGUGCAGCUGGCUCUUCCUAUGUGCAGAACCUUACAUUUGUCCCUAUUGAAAGGCAUUUUGUUAGCUUUGGCUCAGUUCUCCAAGCUGUUAAGGUCGUCUUGAAUCCUGAUUCUGUUUUCAGUGGCAUUAGCUCCCCCUCCCAGGUUGGUGUCAUCUGCAGAUUUGAUGAGCGCCCCCUCAUCAAAUUUGCUUACUGGGAGGGGCAAGGCAGCAGGGUUUGCACCACACUAACCUCCCACUAACUCUCCCUUCUUCUGGUAAGCAACAAUGACCCACCUGCCGGGAAGGUAGUGUGGCAGUUCUGCUUCACCUGGCAAUUCACGUCCGUGCUGUGUUCAUUGUAGGCAAAGGCUUGUCUCCCUUAAGAUUAGCCUGCAAGCAAAUGUUUACGUCCUUUGCUGCCUUCGCAUAUGGAUGGCCACAUACGUGUGUUGAGCAAUGGCUCCUUUGUGAAUCCUUGCGCUUAAUAAAGCAUGGAAGAUCUUUGCUCUUUCCAAAUGUCACAUCAUUAUAGUUUGAGCAAAAGAAAGCAGCUUAAACCCCCUGGUGUCAUCUUGUUUGUAUGCGGCACUUUUUUAUGUAAAAGGGGUAAAUCCGGUUAUUAUUCUCAUUAAAAAAUAAUGAAACAAAGAAAGAGUCAGGUACAAUGACGGGCCGUCUCUGAUCUAUUUAUAUAAAAAUGACACACUAAGCAUCAACCCGAGCUCUUGGCGAUACAUGUUGGGAGACACGGGUUCCAUAAAUGCUGCCAUCGCAGGGUGACUUGAUAUGAAGCAGAAACCGCAGGCAGUUCAAACGUGAAGGAUUUGCGCAGGCAGCUGAACUCUAAUUGGAGCAUUUCCCUAAUCAAAAUAAGAUCCUUUUUUCUUAGGGCUGAUUUCACACCUGGGUGCCUGCCAACUGAUGUUCCAUCCCCUUGAAGACUCUCAGCUCCGAUUCACAACUGAAUGUGUGAGCUGCCUCCGCUGGAAUACAUUGUGCUCAUGGGCGAUGGUGGGGUGAUAGGAAGGCUUUGACUUCUCUGAGUGUUUGGCAGCCGGCAGGCAGGCCUGUUGUGUGAACUCUUCCCUUGGAUAUAUGCCCACACUUCUAAGGAGAGGAGAACUGCUUUGCUGAACAUUUAGGUCUGUGUAGUCUGGCAUUUAUACCACCAGUAAUCAGCCACAUGCUUUGGGGAAGCAAACCAGGCAGGCAAGAAGCCAUGGCCCAUGCCACAAAUCCCCCAUUCUUAGCCUAUCACAUUUAAGAAAUAAAGAUGAUUUAGUUGAGAUUCCUGCCUUGCAGGGGGUUGGGCUGGAUGACCCUCAGGGUCCCUUCCAACUCUAUGAUUCUGUGAUUUUAUUCUACGCCAGUGUGGUAUAGUGGUUAAGAGCGGUAGUCUCGUAAUCUGGUGAACCGGGUUUGCGUCUCCGCUCCUCCAAAUGCAGCUGCUGGGUGACCUUGGGCUAGUCACACUUCUCUGAAGUCUCUCAGCCUCACUCACCUCACAGAGUGUUUGUUGUGGGGGAGAAAGGGAAAGGAGAUUGUUUGCCGCUUUGAGACUCCUUCGGGUAGCGGGAUAUCAAAGUGGAUACACUGCUAAGUAUCCACUUUAAAGCUCAUGUUUCCUCUGUGCUCCUUGCCUUUGUUGUACGUUUUCAUAUCUUGCUUUAUUGUGUGUUGAACAUAUUUUAGUUGUGUUUCAUGAUGUUGCAGGUUUUUUUAAUUGUUGCAAGCUGCCCUGAGUGGUUCAUAAGCACUUAGAGGGAUGGGCUAGAAGUCUCUCUAUAUUAAAAAAUAAAAUAAAAUAAAUCAGCAGCAGAGUCUUUUAAACGGGCCAUUUGAAGUUUAAUAUUCUGCACUGUUGCAGAUUACGCUAAAUGGUGAUCAGCCACUGGGGGGAGAAGAAGCCAACAGAGGAAUCCACUUGGAAGGAAGAGAAGGCAGAGCGGAGCCGUUUCAUCCUGAAAGAAAAGCCAAUGAAGGUCACCCGCCGCGGGAACUCAAUAUUCAGCAGAAGCAAGAGGCGGGAGAAGACGAGGAGCAACGUGUGGAACAGGUUGCAGAGGAGCACAAGAAGGAACUUGAGGAGGAAGAGAUGGAGCAAGCUGGGCAGCCUGAACGCUUGACAGAGGAUCUUGACCAAGGCAACUUGGAGCAUGAAUGGAAGGAGAAAGGGCAGGCUGACGAGGAAGAAGCCAACACCCUGGGCGAACACCAUCAUUCGGAGGUGAGCUGUUGGUAAAAUAGACACCUAAAUAAGAGCACUGUCAUGCUUUGCAUAGUAAUAGCACCCCUCUGUGUUCAGCGGGGUUGCACCGUUCAACACACCAGCUAGGAAAUAAGCCCCAUUAAAUCUAUCGGGACUCAUUGCCCAGUAAGUCAGUUUGGAAAUGCAAUUUAAGCAGCAGGGAGAGAGAGAGAGAGGGCUUGAAACAAUUUAGCUAGUUUUGCUUUGCCAGUCACAAACAAGCCCUUUCAGAACAGAGGCUGGGGCACUGCACAUACCAUGACCGGAGGGGUGUGCUGCAAUUUGCAAAGGGCAAGGGAUGGAGCCUGCCAGUGUGAUGCUGUCGCUGUCACCCUGUUGAUUAAUUGAAUGUGCACAGCUCCGGCCACACUUUGGAAAGGGAAUAGUGCCACUUUGAAAUGCAGUGCAUGCUAUAUCUUACAGAAUGCGAUGUGCUGUGUGACGGAUGCAGUUGGUAACACUAGUUGUCUUCCCAUUUCUAAAAUUUGCAAGCGAGGGGGGGGGGAAGGGAGCAACUUGUUGCACGAUCUCUCUAUUAACCUUUCAAAAAGAAAUCACAUUCAUCACCCCCCAGGACACUGGAAGCCAGAGCGAAUUUCUAGAUUCCUUUUUCGAAACACAUUUUUGUGUGCUUAAAUAGCAGGCACCCCACCCUGUUUCUUCUCUUCAUCCUCUGCCUUGUUUAGACUGUCACCUUAGCUGGUGCUCGAUUUGAAAUCCAGCUGCAUUACUGGCGGAGGCAGAAGCCGGAACAUUUAUUCAGCUUUAAUUCGUGGGCAAGCAGCCUGCAUCAUGCAUGCCAUAAGUGGUGCAGGCAACAGGAAUUGUGGGCAGGAGCCAGAAGGGACUUUGGGCCUGGUUAUGUCAAUGAAGCACAUCGGAUACUCUUUUCUUUCCAGCGUUGUGUUGCUUCCUGGCCCAGGAAUCAUAUGAGUAUUAUAUGAGUGUGUGCAUGCAUACAUACACAUGCAUACAUACACACAUACAUACAUAUGCACUGUAGGGCGCACUGCAGUGACUCUCUCACUGGGAGGGGGGCCAUAGCUCAGUGGUAGAGAACAUGUUUUGCAUGCAGAAACUCUCAGGUUCAAUUCCUGGCAUCACCAGAGAGGUGACCGUUGUCAGAAACCUUGGAGAUCUGCUGCCAGGUAUCUUCAAACAUUUCAGACCCAGGACGCACUUUUAACCCAACAUGCAUUUUGUUGUUUAGAUGUUUAGUCAUGUCUGACCGUUCGUGACCCCAUGGACCAGAGCAUGCCAGGCACUCCUGUCUUCCACUGCCUCCCGCAGUUUGGUCAAACUCAUGCUGGUAGCUUCGAUAACACCAUCCAACCAUCUUGUCCUCUGUCGCCCCCUUCUCCUUGUGCCCUCCCUCUUUCCCAACAUCAGGGUCUUUUCCAGGGAGUCUUCUCUUCUCAUGAGGUGGCCAAAGUAUUGGAGUCUCAGCUUCAGGAUCUGUCCUUCCAGUGAGCACUCAGGGCUGAUUUCCUUAAGAAUGGAGUGGUUUGAUCUUCUUGCAGUCCAUGGGACUCUCAAGAGUCUCCUCCAGCACCAUAAUUCAAAAGCAUCAAUUCUUCUGCGAUCAGCUUUCUUUAUGGUCCAGCUCUCACUUCCAUACAUCACUGCUGGGAAAACCAUAGCUUUAACUAUACAGACCUUUGUUGGCAAGGUGAUGUCUCUGCUUUUUAAGAUGCUGUCUAAAACAUGCAUUUGUUGUUGUUGUUUAGUCGUUUAGUCGUGUCCGACUCUUCGUGACCCCAUGGACCAGAGCACGCCAGGCAUGUAGGGGACCCAAACAUGCAUUUAGGGGACCCAUUUCUCAACCUUUUCAUUUAGGGGACCCAUUUCUCAACCUUUUACAAUAUAUUUGCAUGGUGGCAGUGCUCCUGUUGUGACCCACCUUGGAUCAGGUUGUGACCCACUAGCAGGACCUUAACCCACCAGCUGAAGACAGUAAUGUAGACAGUACUGAACUAGGUGGACCACUGGUCUGGCUCUCUUUAAGGCAACUUCCUGUCAAUUAAAUUUGUUAAGGCUUUUAGCCCAGCUGGAAACAUCAUUAAAAAUAAAAGCGGCAAUAUAAUAAAAGAGCCCUUUACAAGUUGUAUGCAAUCUGCAGGCAGUAUAUUUGCGUUUGGUGGCAGAAUCUGUUCUUGCCAUUUACCUUUGUGAGUCCAGAGCACUCUUCCUUGCAUCCAGAUGUGCCCUAAUAUUUUGACAGGCCAUUUUAAUUCUGCAUGCAACCUGCCUCAAGGAACAGAGCAUCUCAAGGGUACAGUGCAGACAGGUCAUGUUUUGUGUAGAGCUGUAAAUAGAAUCUCAGAGAGAUGGCUCUGCCUUCUGGGUCAUGUCUCAGGGGUGCAAAAAUCUGCUUGUUCCUUUGGUUUCAGCCCAGGACCUUGUUGGUGUUUAUCUGACUAACAAAGUCAUCCUGUAUUUCAAGCUUCAUUAGAGCUCAUGAGUGUCCCUCAGCCCAGAGUCUUGGCUGAUGCUCAAAUCGUUACGUGAAAUGUAUUUCCCCUGGGGCUCCUGCCCAACUUUAGAGGGUUUCCUGGCUAAAAGCAUCCCAAAUUUCUUGUGUGUGUGUGUGUGUGAGAGAGAGAGAGAGAGAGAGUGAGAGAGAGUUAGGUUUUCUUUCAAGCCCUCUUUCUAGCUGGGCAUCCACCUGUCAUUUCCCUCCAUUAUUUUAGAUCCUAUCAUCUAUGGAAGUAAGGGAUUCUGGGAUUUGGGGAAGAAGUGGUGGUGGAACGCUUGAAAUGCUUUGAUCUCAUUGAUAAAGGAGGGUCCUGGCCCAAACAGUGGCCAAAAGGCUACUGUUUUAAUCUAUUUGCAAUAUUUCAUUCUCCCUUUCUCCCCCUCAGGGAGGGGUUAAUCCCCUUUCCCUUUCUUUUUAAUCCUCACGACGACCCAGAAAGUGAUGGGCUCUCCUUCCUUGGAGGUUUUAAGCAGAGGUUGGAUGGCCAUCUGUCAUGGAUGCCUUAGUUGAGAUUCCUGCAUUGCAGGGGGUUGGAUGAGAUGACCGUUGGGGUCCCUUCCAACUCUACAAUUUUGUGAUUCUAAGUGUGGAACAGGUUCUUUCAGUUCAGGAGCUGGUGCACUUGGCAAGAUAUUAGAAUUCGGGAAGUGGCCUUAUUUGGCACCAGAUCCUCAGUCUGUAUAGCCCAGCAGCAACUAGCAGUGGCUUCCAGGCUCUUGCAACAAGUUUUUUCUGCCCCCUGUGCUACAUGUUUCUUUUAAGUGGAGGUGAUGGGGAUUGAACCCUGGGCCUUCUGCAUUCAAAGCCUACGCUCUGCCACUGAGCUACGGCUCUUGCUGUUCGUUCUGCCUUUAUUUACUUAAGCCUUUUCCUACUUAAAGGUAAAGGUACCCCUGCCCAUUCGGGCCAGUCUUGCCAGACUCUAGGGUUGUGCGCUCAUCUCACUCUAUAGGCUGGAAGCCAGCGCUGUCCGCAGACACUUCCGGGUCACGUGGCCAGCGUGACAAGCUGCAUCUGGCGAGCCAGCGCAGCACAUGGAACGCCGUUUACCUUCCCGCUGGUAAGCGGUCCCUAUUUAUCUACUUGCACCCGGAGGUGCUUUCGAACUGCUAGGUUGGCAGGCGCAGGGACCAAAUGACGGGAGCGCGGGGAUUCGAACCGCCGACCAUGCAAUUGGCAAGUCCUAGGCACUGAGGUUUUACCCACAGCGCCACCCGCGUCCCUUUCCUACUUAGGUCUUUACUUUAAGCUAUUUGUCUUGGCCCAGGAACCACCGAAGGUGAAGACGAUAACCCGAUACAAAUCUGCCUACGAGGAGCAGCUGGAACAACAGCGGCUGGCUGUCCAGCGAGCGGAGGAGGCCAAUCGCCUCAGAGAACACCAGGAGUCUCUGCACCAGGGGAGACUACAAGAGCAGUUGCUACGGCAGCAGCAGCUUCAGGAGCGAGAGCUGACACUGCGCAGGCAGGCAGAGCAGGGCGAAGAGCAAUUUAAACACCGACUAAGGUUAUCUUUCUAAAACGCACUUUUGGCUCCUGUCGGCCUCUGAGAAAGGAGGUUAGCUCAGGUUGCCUCAGACUUUGACAGUGACUAGAAUUUCCAGAACCUUCUGGAACCUUCUGGCACUUUCUUCAAACCCCUGCUGGGAGGUCAGGGCCUUGGGGGGGGGGGGUCAGGCUGCUGAUAUGCUACCCAUGAGGAGGUGCAGGCCGACCCACUUCUCCACUGCUGCCAGUGGAGCAGGAUAAAGAUGCGGGCCAUUCCUUGACCUGUGCCAUGUCCUGUCAGCAAGCAUUUAGAAAAUGGCGUUCGCCGUGGGUGCCUACAAACUGGCUUUUCAAGUGUCUGCUGUCAGGAAUCCUUUCUGCAUUAUAUUGCCUUAAAGCAGGGGAUCUUUUUCCUGACUCAGGGCCACGUUCCCUCUAGGGAAGCCUUGCAGGGGCCACAUGCCAGUGGUGGGCAAGCCUAGUAGGUGGAAUAGUGGGUGCUGACCUUUAAAGCCCUAAACGGCCUUGGUCCUGUAUAACUGAAGGAGCAUCUCCACUCCCGUGGUUCAGCCCAGACACUGAGAUCCAGUGCUGAGGGCCUUCUGGUAGUCCCCUCAUUGCGAGAAGCGAGGUUACAGGGAACCAGACAGAGGGCCUUCUCGGUAGUGACGCCUGCCCUGUGGAACGCCCUCCUUUCAGAUGUGAAGGAAAUAAGCAGCUAUUCUAUCUUUAAAAGACAUCUGAAGGCAGCCCUGUUUAGGGAAGUUUUUAAUAUUUAAUGCGGUAUUGUUUUUAACACUCGAUUGGGAGCCGCCCAGAGUGCCUGGGGAAACUCAGCCAGAUGGGCGGGGUAUAAAGAAAUUAUUAUUAUUAUUAUUAUUAUUAUUAUUAGCAGCAGCAGCAGCAGCAGCAGCAGCAUUUGUACAGUGAACAGCAUUCCAGCCAUUUAAAGCAAUAGGUUUUGCAUACAUGCGUCUCUCUAGUCUGCAUCCAUUAUCACAGUUUCCCUCAUGGAAACCCUGCACAUUGCAGAGGAUUCUGGGAACGUGGGUGGGUGGUUGGUUGGUUGGGUGUGUUCUAGGGGGGCGCACUCCCUUGGUGUCCUGGGUUGGGUUAUUCUUCCCACUCAUGAAAGAGCACCCUCUCUUCCCAUGUCACACUCACAGUGCCGCUAGCAAUGGCCCUGUACUUCCGCAUGGGUGCAUUGUGUUGCUGUGGCAACACAUGUAAAGUGGGAGGUGCAACCUACAAUGAGGGAAGGCUACAUCUUUCCGCAGGGCCUGCAAGACAGAGCUGUUCCACCAGGCCUUUGGCCAAGGCACAGCCUGACCCCCUCCUUUGGCAAUCCUCACAGAACUCUAGCCCAAUGGUUGCCAUUAAUCUGAUUUGAACUGAUUUUAUAAUGAAAUGAUUUUAGAAUGUUGUAUCAUUUUACUGUUGUUAGCUGCUCUGAGCCCGGCUUCGGCUGGGGAGGGCGGGAUAUAAAUAAAAUAUUAUUAUUAUUAUUAGUUGGCACAAACCCCAACAAAGGAGUAAAUGGCAAGCAUUGGUCUUCCAUCUUUUCUCACAAGGCCCCUGAGUUGUUGCUGAACCCCAAUUGCCCAUCAUCCCUGGCCAUGCUGGCAGGGGCUGGUGGGAGUUGUAGUCCAGCAACCUCUGGAGGGUGAUAGGUUCUCCACCCCUGUUUUAACAACAAUAAAAAUCCCUUUGUGAAUCCGAAUUAACCCCUUUGUAUAAUGUUUCUCCAGCCACCAAUCCCAUUACGACAACCUGGAUCAGGAUAUUGUGCAAGGAGAAGAACAAGGUGCCCAGGAAGAAGAAGAAAGUAAGUGACGUUCUCUCCAACCCUUGUCUUUAACGCUGUCUUUGAAAUAAGACAUGUGUGUAAUUGAAAAUGCAAUCAAUGGGUUGGCCAUAUUUAAAGCAGGUAAAGCCUAGCUUGGCUUAUUUCUGGAUUUCAUGGCCAGUGGAGAACGGGUGGGGCUCAUUCAUCUCUAUCUUGUUGUCCCAAAAUUUUCCCUGUCUACAUUAGCCAACUUUCAUACGUCUUGAAUUGCACAUGGAAGCUGUUCCUUUCGUGGAUUACAAAUACUGUGUUCCGCUUAUGCGGUCUUUCUGAAUGGAAGGAGGGCUGAAUGAAUUAUCUGAAUUGCCUUUGAUCAGAUUACGAUCGGCAGAACCGGCACCCAGAUGAAGCGGAGGAAGAAGACCACAAUAAUGCAAACGGACAACAGGAUCAUGAACUGGACCACCGAGCAGAGAGCGAGCAGAAUGAAGAACCGGUGAGUGGGAAUGGCAUACAUUGAUAUUUUAAAAUUGCACUGUGGGGCAAUUCUAUAACAGACAUCAAUAGACAUGAAUCUAGCUAAAUCAGUAAUUGUGUGUCAAGCACCAUGCUGGAGGUGCUUUUUCUUGUAACAAAGGCAGAAGCAAGGCUUGUUUGGCCUAGAGGUACUGCCUGGGAUUGUUGGUGACACGGACUGGGGCCACCAUCUUAAGUUUUCCCAGGUAUUUUGUGGCAGCCUUUUUUUUAAAAAAGAAAAACAACAGUUCCACAGAAUGUUUGGAGCAUUGCAUUUUGGGAAAACUACGAUGGUGGACAGGAGCCCAUUCAGCAAUACAUUGCUGAGCCCUCCUCAUCAGCUGGCUCUGAGGCUGGUGGUCCUGUCUUAAAAGCAAAAAAGCAAAUAAAUAAAGGGGUGUGGUAACAUCAGAGAACAAAAAAGUAGGCCAAGAUUCUUGCCGUAUCUUGAAAUAGUAAAUCAGUUUCUUCAGAAUUCAAGGAAGGAAGGGUUAGGGAGGGAGUUUGAAUAAUAACAGCUAGCAUUUAUAUAGCACUUCCAUGUCUUCAAAGUGUUUCAUGUUUUGUUUUACACACAUAUGCCUUUAUCUUAGGUUUUAUAUCCUGCCUUUCUAAGCAAAUGCCACUUCAAUGUGAUUUGCAAUAAAUUUAAAACAAAAGCCAUUUAAUAGCUCAAUUUAGACUGCAGUCAAGCAUCUCUCUCUCUCUCUCUCUCUCUCUCUCUCACACACACACACACACACACACACACACACAGAGAGAGAGAGAGAGAGAGAGAGAGAGAGAGAGAGAGCAAUAAAGCCAGCUGAUCUUGGCAAGACAGGCAAUUAUUCUCUCCACAUAGCGAAGGUUGAGGUGAGAGAGGGUGGCUUGUUUAUAAGGCAGUUUCUUAAGUUCAUAGCAGGGGUGAGAUUGUCUCCAAGGGGUUCCUGGUUUGCAGCUGAACAUUGAAAUUGAAAUAUUGAAAUGCUUUAUUGUCACUUGUACAACUUGUAUACAGUGAGAUUACACGAACACCCCCCACUCAGCUCUCUUUGUCUUAAUUACCCUCGUUUACUGAUGCACACCCACCAACACACUGAAAGUCAGUUGCCCUGUUGUCAUCUUUUCAUUCAGCAGCCUAACAGCCCACAGAUAGAAGCUGUUCUUUACCCUGUUGGUGCAACUAAUCAUGCUUCUAUAUCUUCUGCCUGAGGGCAGGAGAUCAAGAAAGUGCCGGACAGGGUGUGAAUCAUCCCUGAGAAUUUUCCUCACUCUCCUGAGACAACGUUCUUCCGCUAUUUCAUCCAGCGGAUUCACGGGACAGCCCAUAAUAUCUUGUGUUGUAUUCACCACCCUCUGUAGGCACUUCCUAUCAGUUGAUGUCAAACCAGCAUACUACACCGUGAUGCAGUAUGAAAGGACACUUUCUAUUGUGGACCAGUAGAAGGAGAUCAUCAAAUGCUGAUUGACAUCAUUCUUUCGCAAUACUCUGAGGAGAUGGAGUCUCUCUUGGGCUUUCUUAGCUGCUAUGCUACACAGGCUUGAUGGAUCGAGCUUGGAAGUAGGAAGAGAUGUGCUCAGAUCAGUAUGGCCCUGUCAGUUUUAACACAGUGAGCACCUGCCUACUUGCUCCUCUUAUAGUGGUGCCCCUUGACUGGGAGUGGAUGCUGUAAAGAAUUACCCUGGGUGUACUAACUUGUAAGUCUUUAUUAAACCUACUAGGGCAAGUCACUUUCUCUCCUGGUUUGACCUACUUCACAGGGCUACUGUAAGGAUCAAGAAGUCUGGCCCUGAUCCUGCGGCCUUUGGGUGAAGGCCUCUAAGCUGCCAUCCCAUACACUCAAUUCAACAGCUGAGAGUUGGCUGGGUGCCCACCAGACUUUUUAAUUUGCAGCCGCUGGAGAUUUGCAUCUGGGUAUAUGUCUCCUUGUGCUGAAUGGCUCUGAGACCCCCGUGUAUAGGGCGGUAUAUAAAUUCAAUAAAUAAAUAAAAAAUCAGAAACGAAAGGUAGUACAGUGGUACCUCGGGUUAAGUACUUAAUUUGUUCCGGAGGUCUGUUCUUAACCUGAAACUGUUCUUAACCUGAAGCACCGCUUUAGCUAAUGGGGCCUCCUGCUGCUGCCGUGCUGCCGGAGCACGAUUUCUGUUCUCAUCCUGAAGCAAAGUUCUUAACCCAAGGUACUAUUUCUGGGUUAGCGGAGUCUGUAACCUGAAGUGUAUGUAACCUGAAGCGUAUGUAACCUGAGGUACCACUGUAUCCAGUACAAAUGCUACUCAGAGUAGACCCGUUGACGUUAAUGGGAAUUACUAAAUUUCAGUGAGUCUACUCUGAAUAGGGCUUCAAUGAGUACAACCCAUAGAUUGUAACUUUGCCCGCUCUUGAAAAUCUAAAGCAGAUCUGAGUGAUGUGUUGGAUAUGGACCUAAGGCAACGUUGUACAGUGGUACCUCUGGUUGUGAAUGGGAUUCGUUCCGGAGGCCCAUUCACAACAUGAAAAGAGUGCAACCCACAGCGGUGCGUCGGCACAUGCGCAGGUUGCGAUUCACCGCUUCUGCGCAUCCGCGUGACAUUAUUUUGUGUUUCUGCGCAUGUGCGAGCGCCAAAACCCGGAAGUAACCCUUUCCGGUACUUCUGGGUCGCCGCGGGACGUAACCUGAAAGAACAUAAUAUGAAGCGGAUGUAACAUGAGGUAUGACUGUAGUGAAAUGCACUUUAUUCUUUAUUGAAAUUCUCUUGAAAUGCAGAAGACAGCCGGGGAUGAUGUCAACCCAGCUGAUGAUCCCAACAAUCAAGGGGAAGAUGAGUUUGAGGAAGCAGAGCAGGAGAGGGAAGAGAACCUGCCUGAUGAGAAUAAGCAACUGAAGCCGAAUAACCCAAAACAAGGGAACCCUGAAAUGGAAGAACAUUUAGUGGUCAGUAUACAAAAGGCCAUAGCUAUCAAGUGGAGGUCCUGUUUCAAACAAAGGCUGCAGCUUCUAGGGAUGUCCUGCAUGUAUGAAACAGCCAUUUCAAAUAGGCAUUUCACCUCACACACAAUUCAUUGCAAUGCAUGACCUGUUUGCUGGUCAUUGAGGGUUUUUUUCUAGACAAAAGUGAGUUUCCCAUUACCUUAGACUUCCAUGGGUUUGCUCUGCUUUGCAUUCUGUCACACCUUCCUUCUAACUGCAACAAGGAGUAUUUCCUAAAAUGACCACAUGUGAAGUUUGCCGCAGCUGAUUUGUUUCAUUUAUUUACACCUUUCUUUCAUGAUCCUGGGACGCGGGUGGCACUGUGGUCUAAACCACAGAGCCUAGGACUUGCUGAUCAGAAGGUUGGUGGUCCGAAUCCCCGCGACGGGGUGAGCUCCCUUUGUUCGGUCCCAGCUCCUGCCAACCUAGCAGUUCGAAAGCAUGUCAAGUGCAAGUAGAUAAAUAGGUACCGCUCAGAUGGGAAGGUAAAUGGCGUUUCCAUGCGCUGCUCUGGUUCGCCAGAAGCGACUUAGUCAUGCUGGCCACAUGACCCAGAAGCUCUCUGCGGACAAACGCCGGCUCCCUCAGCCUAUAGAGCGAGAUGAGUGCCCAAACCCCAGAGUCGUCUGUGACUGGACCUAAUGGUCAGGGGUACCUUUUCCUUUAUCUUUCAUGAUCCUACUCAGGGCAGCAUAUGGCAGGUUUCUGGGUAGUGUCCUAUUAAGCUUAAAUGUCCAAGAAUGAGCUCUGGAAUUGCUCCCUCUUCCUGUUAACCACAGUGAAUGUUGCAUUGACACCAGUCUUUAUUGUGGCAAUUGGCUCUCUUGCAACCAGGAUUUUUAAAAGCUUUGCCUUUCAUUGACCAUUUUCAAAAGAAUGCUAAAAGCAUAGUUUAGAAUAAGCCCCAUUGAACACGGCCGAUUUUACUUCUCAUAUAUAGGGUUAUGCUGCAAGCAUGUCUUUCUUUACUACUGCUUUUAAAUGGUAAUUUCUGCCUCUUCCAGGCCCCCUUUUAAUGUAGUCACUUUUUUUGCAUUGUAUAUAUAUAAUUUUAUUAAGUUUUCUGUUUUACAACUUAAAAUACUAAUUUUACAUCCUUAAGAUAUCAAUCUUCUCUUUCCAUGGUUCAUUUUACAUGUCAUAAAUCCCUGCAUAUUUUACAAAAACUAUACCUUUCAGUAUUCCAUUAUUGCAUCCAUUAUCGGUCCCUUUUGCUCACUGAUUGCAAAAUGCAUAAGCUGCUUUGCGUGCACGCUAAUGUAGAAAUAUCGGGUUUAUGUUACACAAAUCUAUUUUAAUUUGUUAGAUUUAUACCAUGCUCUUCCUCCCCAAAGGGAGUCCAGGAUGACUAAGCCCUGGUUGUAAUAAAACUGUGGCUAGCUUUAACUAUGGUUGGUUUCUUAACUAUUAACCGCCGGUAGAGGAACAUUAAUUGCUGCUAAAAGACGAAACAAAACUAUACCUGCACAGACCCACUUGUGAGCAUUGGAAAUCAAAUCCUUGCCAUGUUGCAUCCUUCUUCUUUUUUCGUAGUUAUGCCUCUCCUGUGUGCCCUGGUGCCCUGGAAUUGAUUUUCAAUAAGUAAGUCAGUGCAUGGUUUUGAGUGAUAUUGGAGAUAUUAGCUAUGGAAUGUGUUUGUCUGCAGAUGGUGGGUAACCCUGAUCAGCAAGAAGACAAUGUGGAUGAGCAGUACCAGGAAGAGGGAGAAGAAGAGGUAAGGAACCUGAGGACACACACUUCUCUGGUUGUGAGGAUUAUUGCUGGGCGGGGGAGCAGAAUGUAUGCGUCACAAGUGCUUUGGAGGAAGAAUGUGCUAAAAAUGUGAUAAGUACCAUACUUUUCCAUGUAUAAGUCUAUGUUUUUUUCAGUAUGGUGUAGUGGCUAAGAGCGGUAGACUCGUAAUCUGGUGAACCGGGUUCGCGUCUCUGCUCCUCCACAUUCAGCUGCUGGGUGACCUUGAGCUAGUCACACUUCUUUGAAGUCUCUCAGCCCCACUCACCUCACAGAGUGUUUGUUGUGGGAGAGGAAGGGAAAGGAGAUUGUUCGCCGCUUUGAGACUCCUUCGGAUAGUGAUAAAGUGGGAUAUCAAAUCCAGACUACUCUUCUUCUACUUCUUCUUCUUCUUCUUCUUCUUCUUAUUCUUCUUCUUCUUUAAAAAUCAUGCUAAAAAGUGGAGGUCGUCUUAUACAUGGGUAGUGCAUAGGGUGGACGUUUGAUUGGUUGUUGCCAUGGCUAUCAGCGCCUUUUGUGUGUGUUAUUGGUUGCUGCGUCAAUGGGUGGUGUUGAUUGGCUGAUGCUCUGGCAGUUGGCUGGGCGAUUGGCAGCUUCUGCUGGCGAUGGGACAGACGGGAGGCAAUUUUUGGCAAUCCCCCUUUAAAAAAGCCGAACAACCCGGGCUAAUCCCCCCCCAAAAAGCUGAACAACUCUUUGCCAUCUCCCCCCAUUUCCUUAAAUUUGAGUCCCCCAAAAUAGGGGGCGUCUUAUACAUGGAGGCAUGUUAUACACGGAAAAGUAUGGUAACAUCGACAAGAGCCAAAGCAGCAGCUCUCUUAAUUAUCAGCAUAUAUUUGUAUUAUUACUAUUUAAGUUCCUUACCCGUUCUUUACCAUAUGGUCCCAAGGCUGGUUACAGCAUUUUUUAAAAUAAAAAAUCACCAUAUUAAAAACAGUUUAAAAGAAAGAGAUUUGCUGUACACUCAACUGCAGCCCUUCCCUGUAGGAUAUGGGAGGAAAAAAAUGGAAUAUAUUGAGUACAAUUGAGUUCUUGCGGCUGGGAAAUGAACCAAAGCAUAUUCUAGGAGAUAGGAGGAGAAAAUCCUCCUUUUUCUGCAGGUCAAGGCAUUUUGGGCCCUCCUAUAUGCAUAUGCAUUUAAUGAAUGUUUUCUUCCUCUAUUAUGCAUUGCAAAGGUAUGUCUUCAGUGUGGCGUAGUGGUUAGAAUGUCGGACUGGGACCUGGGAGAUGAGGGUUCAAAUCCCCACUCAACCAUGAAAGUCAUUGGGUGACCUUGGGCCCGUCACUGCCUCUCAGCAGCCUAACCUAUCUUACAGGGUUGUUGUUGUGGGGAUUAAAUGAGGAGGAUAAUUAAACUAAUUAUCCAAAGAGGUUGUGUAGUCAUGUUGGACUGAAUUGUUUAUGUAUAAAAACCACCUGUUCUCAAUACCUUGAGUUCCUGAGGUAGAGAGAGAGAGAGUAAUGGAGGGAAGCAGGAUAUAAAUGCAAUGAAUGAAUGGCCACAAAACUUCAGGUGGCUUCGAAUGGGUUCUUCCUUCCCCUCCAACUGGGCAUAUGUGUCUCUUUUCAGGCCCAGGGAGAUCUGACCGAGGAGAAGAAGAGGGAACCGGAUCACAACGGCGAGGAGCCAUACGGCGAAAAUGAUGAAAAUGUAGGCACACUGCGUAGAUGGGGGACGCUCGAUAAAAUGGGUGGUUAAGGGAGGCUUUGUGUGUUUCCUGCUCCUUGAAUAUCCAGGUCAGAGAUGUCUGCAUAACACUACUGGUUUACGUAUAAAAUGAGAAAAAGGACAAACUGGUUUCAUUCCAGAAAGGAAAGCUCAUCAUGGGUUAAUUCCGCAUUUUCCCACAGUGUGUUCAUUUGAAAACAGAUAUAGGCACUCCCAGAAAUGUGUGUGUGUAUGUGUUCAUUCACCUGCCCAGUGGCAGUGUGGGUAAGCAUAUGCCAAGAUUGCAAUUGCCACUUCCUUCGCCAGUUCACCUGGGGCAUGUGCAGGGAGGAGAAGGCAUGGGUCACCUAGUCAAGAGAAGAGGAGGCUUUUCAAAAGGCAUAUCAAGUAAUCACACCCAACUUUGUGGACAGCAGGAUCUGGAAUCAAUCUAGCAGCAUUUUGAGGGUGAGCACGAUUGAUUCUGGAUUGAGGAAACACAACAUGUUUUGUGCUGCAAGCAGGUUGUUUGAACGCGGCCCUAGACCCCGACUACUCCAGGCUGAGGAGCAAGCAGCUUGCGCUCUUGCAGUUGCUAUUGAACGGCCUCCGUGAUGCAAUGGAAAGAACGCCAGGGCAUUCUUGUUUCCCUGGACUAUUUGACCUUUGUCAAACAAUAUGUGAUCAGUUGACAAUGUUGGACAGGUUAAUUGGCCCAAACCUCAAGUGUAAUUAUUGGUAUUCUUUUUAGAAGAAUUUAUAGCAAUAGGGUUGAAGGGAGUCUUAAAAGAGCCCAAUAUGUUGCUCCAGCUGUUUGUCACAACUUGAUCUCCCCCAGCAGAGGAUAGUUCGGUUCAAGGCUUUAGUAAUCAUAGAAUUUCAACAGCCUGCAGUAGCACAAUAAUCCUGUUUUGUUCUGUGCUGUGACUGGUGUGUGUGUGUGAAGAAAUAUUUCGCCAUAGCAAAUGCUGCAGAGUUUUAUCAUCAAAUACAUGUUUUCCAAAAAGCUGAAUAGUUUUCUCUUUUGUUAUCUUUGUUCUGGGGUUAUUAUUUUCUCAUGCUACCAGGCUGAAGAAAAAAUGAGUGAAGGUGCAGAGCAAGAGCAAGAAGUCCAAGAGGAAAAUAAUCGUAAAGAAGGCCGUGAUGAGAACUACGAGGAGGAAGAGGAGGAAGAGGAAGAAGAGGAAGGUGGCGCUGUGGCAGCAAAGGCUCAUAGACGAGGGGAAAUGUGAUUCUUGCUUGAGCUGCAAAAUGGCAUCUGCUUGGAAAAAAAGAAGAAAAUUUUUAGUUGCUAGAGAAGGCCUUUUUAUAUGUAUACAUAAUUUAAAUUUUUUCUCUUAGAAGUCUUUGUGGUUUUAUACAAAUGCAAUAUUUUAGGUUAGCAUUCCUUUUGUACAAGAUUUUAAGUGACAAAAACAAAUAGGUGAGGUGGCAACCCCCUUAUUUUUCCUCCUUAUUUUUAUACUGUUUCUUUUCUAGAAGUUUGAGGAUCAGUUUCAACUUAAAUCUGUUUGGCAUUGUCCAAACCGUGACCAGGCUUUAGCUUUCAGGUGUAUUUCUGGGGGUUAGGGGGGACCGAUCAUUAGUGCCUAAUCUCUUGGAGUUUGAGAAACGGCAGGCUGCAGGGUUGCACCCAUAUCUCUGUGAGAUGCUGGAUUUUACAUCCAGCUCUCUACGGGACAGCACAUUCGAGCACCUCUGUGUAUUCAUUUUGAUCUGAAUGAAUUUGGCCAGCACAGUAUCUGCAGCAUCUAAGUGAAUAUCACUUGGCAGUUGUGAGUGUGCCAAAAAUGGCAGUGUUUGAAUCCCUUUGCAUGUGACACUCAUGCACACACUGGGUGGGACUCAUGUUGCAGGUCUUUCACACCCUCUUGUUGCUCUGCUUCCUAUAGAGGUGUAAUUGAUUGGAUUAGCUCAAUGCAGAUAUUUGGUCUUACCCAUAUAUAUGCAGUACCUAACUCACACAAGUGUGUUACCGCAGGCCAUAAAGUAUAGAUGGAUCAAAGGGUUUCUUCUUACCGCUUCAAAUAUUAUGCGCAUGUAGACUUGGCCAUUGUACAUCUGACCCCAACAUUGUUGUCAUGUGCUGGUGGAGAUAGAUCUGUCCUUAGCCUUAUUGCCCUAUCUCAGGCUGCAAUCUCGGAAUAAGCCUCAAGGAAAACAAAGAAACUUACUUCUGAGUAAACAUAUUUGGGGUAUGACUCUACCACCACUCAAAUUCCUUCUAGAUCAAAAGAAGAUAGAUAUAGAUUCCCCCCACCCCCAAAUUUGGUUUAUUUACCAUAUGAUACACACAUUUUGAAGUCACAGUCACAAUUUCUUUUUCUUUAGCAUUGUGCACCUCUCAAAAAGUUGUGUGGGAUUUGUUUUUGUUUGUAGACCGUAAAGUGCCUUUCUUAAGGGCUAAAGGAGUAUUUCACAUAUAUUAUCUCAGUAAUCCUUACCACAACCCUUGUAAGGUAAACCAGCAAUACUGUCCUCUUAUUUCCAAAUGGAUGUAGCCUAAUGUUUAAAGAAGACAGCUGGCUGGAGGUUACCUGGGGGUCAUUGAAGCCAUUCUCCUCUUGUGCAUAAAAGCUCCCCUUCUCUGGGCUUCCACUGUUGGCUUGAAUCUUAGUCAUGAUGUCAGUAAGGAAGGCAGGAGGUCAAAUAGAUGCAUAAGAAGGCUGGAGACUGAUGGCUUGCCAGAGAGCCAGCGUGGUGUAGUGGUUAAGAGCGGUGGACUUGUAAUCUGGCGAACCAGGUUCGCUUCCCUGCUCCUCCACAUGCAGCUGCUGGGUGACCUUGGGCUAGUCACACUUCUCUGAAGUCUCUCAGCCCCACUCACCUCACAGAGUGUUUGUUGUGGGAGAGGAAGGGAAAGGAGAUUGUUAGCCCCUUUGAGACUCCUUAAGGGGAGUGAAAGGUGGGAUAUCAAGUCCAAACUCCUCCUUUUCUUCUUCUUCUUCUUCUUCUUCUUCUUCUUCUUCUUCUUCUUCUUCUUGCCCUCUGGUCACUUAGCCGGUGUAAAAGACUGGAUAGUAUUAAGGCAUAUACUGAAUAUAUGGCUAACAUGAGAUUUGAAACCAGACCUUUCCUAUCAUAAGUGGGUGGAGAUGAUGGUCUCCUCUUACCUCAAAUAAAAUUUAGUAUUAUGUUUGACAGAAGAAUGAAAAGAAUGUGAAAAAAGAGUAAUUGGAUGGUAUGUUGAUCUGUUGAUACUUGGAUCAGUAGCUCUAUUUUAUGUUAGAAAAGUGUGUGGUACAAAUUGUGGUACACUGGACUGCUUACAAGGUCCAUAUUCCUCACCUCCCUAAUGAUGUGCUGCUUUCCAGGCAAGCGGAAAGGCUUCACCUGGCAGAAAUAAAAUGGGUGGUUCUUUCCUGGCAUGGUGGAGGAUACACAUCUUUAGCCACACAAGUCCUAUACCGCAUAAUCCCUCUAAGGGUUCAAACUGGGGACCGCAAUCAGAUCAUAUAUGUUGCAUACCCCCAUUACAUAUUUUAUUUGUAUUUUUUAAUGUGAUGGUACGUUGGCUUCAAAAGGGUUAAAAAUCAAGUCGUCAUUGUUAAAUGUCAGACACUGGGAAUUGAUAGCAGUGACAGACUAGCCCCACCGUACCUGAAUCACUGGACCACCAACUCUGUUGCUUCUUAUUCUCCCACUAAUAUUAUUGUUUCUCCUUACAAUUUUAACGGUAACCACAUGGGCCAAGAGAAUGACUCACCUGUUUCCUUCUGCCUACCCACCUGCAAUCUUGUACGGUUAGCAUCACGGGUGUGGGCCAGGUUAACGGGCAACAGUUCACAAUGGCCUAGCCAGAAAUUAGGACCUCGGUGAUGCUGGUGUAGUGCUUAGCUGUGAUUUCUGCAGGCGACACAAUGUGUGACUGUUGCUUUGUCUGAGGACACGUGGCAAGUUCUGUGCUCGUGGGCUUGUAAGAUCGUAGCUGAGUUGCAGAGCUUAUAUCCAUGAAUAUGCUGUACCACUCAUCCUUCAUGCGCUUCUGUUCCUAGGGAUACUAGUGAGCAGGGAAUAGGAUAAGGUAUUGGAGGACAGAAUUGUGUGUGCCACAUGACCUGCCCUUUGGCCGCUGAGCUAACCUGCCACCCACAGAUGCGGCAGAAGAUGAUGUCCUGCUGCCAGUGUUGGAAGUAAGAUUAAUCUGCCAGGCCAGUUAGCUUCUACACAUGGAUUGGGAUAGAGGCACCACCUUACGCUUCAGAUUUUGGAAGCAAAAGGUCUUGGGCUGGCUCCAACACUUCCUCUCAUCUUUUAAGAAUUUGCAUAUAUAUGACCCAUAGGCUACUAUUUUAACUUUUUUAUAUGAAUUUAAUAUAAUUCAUUUUUGUACUAACCUAAUUAUUAAUUUUGCUUUUGUAGAUGCUUUGAACUAUUUCCUUUAUAUAUAUAUUUAAGAGUAGGGGUACUCUUAACAUUUCAUAGGACUGUGUGUGUGCGGAUUUGAGGUUUUCUAAAUGUUACAAAAAAAGAUUUAUCACACGGAGAAAAGAGAUUCCUGUUUACAUAAAUGACUGUAAAGUGUAUGAUAUGUACAUAAUCUUCGGAAUACAAAUAUUUUGAUACAUUUGUGCAUAUUUUUAAUGCCAUGGGGCAGUAUUUAAUUAUUCUGAGGCAUAUUUUAGGGUCAUCAAUAAAAGCUAGAAUCAAAACUGACCA